AUGUUCCAGCCCAGCAAGCAGGAGCCACUGUGUCUGAAAAGAGGGGUCCUUGAACCAAUUAAACACAUGUGUGAAGCCUCAAUGAUCCCCGCCACAUGGAACUAUAAAGGGAAGAGAGUGAAAGACGUCCGCUUUGAUGCAAAAGGUAGAUUACCCCGAAACAGUUACACAGAACUGGUUCAUUGAGUUUUUUGCUGCACUUAGCUUUUUUUUAUGUAGGCUAUUCUGUACAUAGCCUACAUGUCAGGGUGAGUACAUUAGACAUAGCAUAAUUAUUGUACAUUGUUGGUUCUCUACAGAGCCUGACAAUGACUGUGUUGUGGGCCACAUAAUCAGAUUGAGAGAAAAACUGGGCUGGUCCACUGAGAUUCCUGACAGGAGAAUAGCAAAAGCAUACCCACAAAACAUACAGGUUGGUUUCCACCAUUUUAGCUACUAGGCUACAGUUGAAGUCGGAGGUUUACAUACACUUAGGUUGGAGUCAUUAAAACUUGUUUUUCAACCACUCCACAAAUUUCUUGUUAACAAACUAUAGUUUUGGCAAGUCGGUUAGGACAUCUACUUUGUGCAUGACACAAGUAAUUUUUCAAACAAUUGUUUACAGACAGAUUAUUUCACUUAUAAUUCACUGUAUCACAAUUCCAGUGGGUCAGAAGUUGACUGUGCCUUUAAACAGCUUGGAAAAUUCCAGAAAAUUAUGUCAAGGCUUUAGAAGCUUCUGAUAGGCUAAUUGACAUCAUUUGAGUCAAUUGGAGGUGUACCUGUGGAUGUAUUUCAAGGCCUACCUUCAAACUCAGUGCCUCUUUGCUUGACAUCAUGGGAAAAUCAAAAGAAAUCAGCCAAGACCUCAGAAAAAAAUUGUAGACCUCCACAAGUCUGGUUCAUCCUUGGGAGCAAUUUCCAAACGCCUGAAAGUACCACGUUCAUCUGUACAAACAAUAGUACGCAAGUAUAAACACCAUGGAACCACGCAGCCGUCAUACCGCUCAGGAAGGAGACGCGUUCUGUCUGCUAGAGAUGACCGUACUUUGGCGUGAAAAGUGCAAAUCAAUCCCAGAACAACAGCAAAGGACCUUGUGAAGAUGCUGGAGGAAACAGGUACAAAAGUAUCUAUAUCCACAGUAAAAUGAGUCCUAUAUCGACAUAACCUGAAAGGCUGCUCAGCAAGGAAGAAGCCACUGCUCCAAAACCUCCAUACAAAAGCCAGACUACGGUUUGCAACUGCACAUGGGGACAAAGAUCAUACUUUUUGGAGAAAUGUCCUCUGGUCUGAUGAAACAAAAAUAGAACUGUUUGGCCAUAAUGACCAUCGUUAUGUUUGGAGGAAAAAGGGGACAGCUUGCAAGCCGAAGAACACCAUCCCAACUGUGAAGCACAGGGGUGGCAGCAUCAUGUUGUGGGGGUGGUUUGCUGCAGGAGGGACUGGUGCACUUCACAAAAUAGAUGGCAUCAUGAGGAAGGAAAAUUAUGUGGAUAUAUUGAAGCAACAUCUCAAGACAUCAGUCAGGAAGUUAAAGCUUGGUCGCAAAUGGGUCUUCCAAAUGGACAAUGACCCCAAGCAUACUUCCAAAGUUGUGGCAAAAUGGCUUAAGGACAACAAAGUCAAGGUAUUGGUGUGGGCAGAACUGAAAAAGUGUGUGCGAGCAAGGAGUCCUACAAACCUGACUCAGUUACACCAGCUCUGUCCCGAGGAAUGGGCCAAAAUUCACUCAACUUAUUGUGGGAAGCUUGUGGAAGGUUACCCAAAAUGUUUGACCCAAGUUUUUAGGCAAUGCUACCAAAUACUAUUUAAAGGCAACGCUACCAAAUUUAAAGGCAAUGCUACCAAAUACUAAUUGAGUGUAUGUAAACUUCUGACCCACUGGGAAUGUGAUGAACGAAUUAAAAGCUGAAAUAAAUCAUUCUCUCUACUAUUGUUCUGACAUUUCACAUUCUUAAAAUAAAGUGGUGAUCCUAACUGACCUAAAACAGGGAAUUUUUACUAGGAUUAAAUGUCAGGAAUUGUGAAAAACAGAGUUUAAAUGUAUUUGGCUAAGGUGUAUGUAAACUUCCGACUUCAACUGUAUAUGAUCAAUUGAUGUGAACCUUAUCAUUGAGUCUCUACGGUCCAUGGUUUUGUAUGUUUAAAAAAAAUAAAUAUGUAUAACAGUUAAAUUGUGUGUUAUUUUUUUAAAUACACUAGAGAGAUUUUGUAAUCAUUGGGAUAGGUCUUCAUAAUCAAUACAUAAUAUUUUAAUCAAUGCAAAUCUAACUCCCUUGUGGAUGUUGUGCAGGAAAUCCCUGAGGAGACUAAAAAGGAUCCUGGAGAGUAUGUAUACUGUCUGAUGAGGAACAGAGGUGACCUCAAGAUCCAGCCCAACCCCUAUGAUCUUCAGGUGGUUUCUGUCCAGACAGCUAAACAGAGCUGUCAGUACUGGACUGUCAGCGCUUCAUGCAUAUUCAAGGUCAGUUCAACCAGUUCACCGUUGAACUGUUAAACGUUGGUGAAAAUACAUCGAUUGCUAUUCCCUGUAUAGUGCACAACUUUUGACAAGGGACAAAAGUAGUGUACUAUAUAGGGAUUUGGUUGCCAUUUGGGACACUCGCAUAAUUUACUUAUAUUUUAGGGGCAGGUUUCCCAGACACAAAUAAAGUCCUGGGCCCGUAUCCAUAAAGCAUCUCAAAGCAAGAGUUCUGAUCUAGGAUCUGUCCAUAUAAUCCUAUUAAUUAUAAUCUAGAAGGUGAAACUGAUCCUAGAUCAGCACCUCUACUCUGAGAGACUUUUUGGAUACGGCCCUGGACUUAAAAAGCAUGUUCAAUGGAGAUUCUUCAAAGUGUUUUUAAUUUGAGUCCAGGGCUACGCUUAAUCUGUGUCCAGGAAACCAUCCCAAAGAGUCACUCGCCUCACUCUGUUUUAUUUUAUAGGUGUCUGUUUUGGAAGACAGAAGUGGUGAAAUCAUGUCUGUAAUAGACUGGCUUUCUGAAAGAGAACUGUUCUUCAAAAUCUUCAAGUUGCCAUUGUUUGCUAAAUUCAGGUUUGUAUAGUCUAUGGUUAUUCUUAUAAACUCAGCAAAAAAAGAAACAUCCCUUUUUCAGGACCCUGUCUUUCAAAGAUAAUUCGUAAAAAUCCAAAUAACUUCACAGAUCUUAAUUGUAAAGGGUUUAAACACUGUUUCCCAUGCUUGUUCAAUGAACCAUAAACAAUUAAUGAACAUGCACCUGUGGAAUGGUCGUUAAGACACUAACAGCUUACAGACGGUAGGCAAUUAAGGUCACAGUUAUGAAAACUUAGGACACUAAAGAGGCCUUUCUACUGACUCUGAAAAACACCAAAAGAAAGAUGCCCAGGGUCCCUGCUCAUCUGCGUGAACUUGCCUUAGGCAUACUGCAAGGAGGCACGAGGACUGCAGAUGUGGCCAGGGCAAUAAAUUGCAACGUCCGUACUGUGAGACGCCUAAGACAGCGCUACAGGGAGACAGGAUGGACAGCUGAUCGUCCUCGCAGUGGCAGACCACGUGUAACAACACCUGCACAGGAUCGGUACAUCUGAACAUCACACCUGCGGGACAGGUACAGGAUGGCAACAACAACUGCCUGAGUUACACCAGGAACGCACAAUCCCUCCAUCAGUGCUCAGACUGUCCUCAAUAGGCUGAGAGAGGCUGGACUGAGGGCUUUUAGGCCUGUUGUAAGGCAGGUCCUCACCAGACAUCACCGUCAACAAUGUCGCCUAUUCGCACAAACCCACCGUCGCUGGACCAGACAGGACUGGCAAAAAGGGCUCUUCACUGACGAGUCGUGGUUUUGUCUCACCAGGGGUGAUGGUCGAAUUCACGUUUAUCGUCGAAGGAAUGAGCGUUACACCGAGGCCUGUACUCUGGAGCGGGAUCGAUUUGGAGGUGGAGGGUCCGUCAUGGUCUGGGGCGGUGUGUCACAGCAUCAUCGGACUGAGCUUGUUGUCAUUGCAGGCAAUCUCAACGCUGUGCGUUACAGGGAAGACAUCCUCCUCCCUCAUGUGGUACCCUUCCUGCAGGCUCAUCCUGACAUGACCCUCCAGCAUGACAAUGCCACCAGCCAUACUGCUCGUUCUGUGCGUGAUUCCCUGCAAGACAGGAAUGUCAGUGUUCUGCCAUGGCCAGCGAAGAGCCCAUGAGGAGGAGAUGCACUGCAGUACUUAAUGCAGCUGGUGGCCACACCAGAUACUGACUGUUACUUUUGAUUUUGACCCCCCCUUUGUUCAGGGACACAUUAUUCAGUUUCUGUUAGUGACAUGUCUGUGGAACCUGUUCAGUUUCUGUCUCAGUUGUUGAAUCUUGUUAUGUUCAUACAAAUAUUUACACAUGAUACGUUUGCUGAAAUUAAACGCAGUUGAGAGGAUGUUUCUUUUUUUGCUGAGUUUAGAAGGAUGAUGAAAAGUGUGUAUCUGAUAUGUGUAUGUGGAAUGUAUGUAAUAUAAGGCUCUGUCGUAGCCGGCCGCGACCGGGAGACCCAUGGGGCGGCGCACAAUUGGCCCAGCGUCGUCCAGGGUAGGGAAGGGAAUGGCUGGCAGGGAUGUAGCUCAGUUGGUAGAGCAUGGCGUUUGCAACGCCAGGGUUGUGGGUUCGAUUCCCACGGGGGGCUAGCAUGAAAAAAUAAAAAAAUAAUGUAUGCACUCACUAACUGUAAGUCGCUCUGGAUAAGAGCGUCUGCUAAAUGACUAAAAUGUAAAUAUAAUAUUGUAAAAUACUGUAAUUCAGUUUUACAAUGCACUUUUUGCUCUCUGUAGAAUUUGGAAGGCUUUUACAAUCUGGAAGGUCACAGUAUGCCACUCAAAGACCAAGAAGGCUAAGUGAGUGUUGAUCAAGUAUUUGCUGCCACAUGAUAUUUCAUUUGUCUUAUUAUAUGUCUCCUGCCUUCUUCUUCUUCUUCUUCUUCUUCUUCUUCUUCUUCUUCUUCUUCUUCUUCUUCUUCUUCUUCUUCUUCUUCUUCUUCUCUUUGUCUCCACACUAUUAAAUAAUAAUAUGCCAUUUAGCAGACGCUUUUAUCCAAAUCGACUUAUCUUCCAAAUAAAAGUUAAGAGCUUUUUUUUUUUUAGGGAAAUGUUAUCCAAAGGUCUGUUUUUUGCUGAUGACAUCUUCUUGAGAUGUCUGGUUGAAAUAAUAUAAAUAUAAUAUAAUAUAAUAUGCCAUUUAGCAGACGCUUUUAUCCAAAGCGACUAACAGUCAUGCGUGCAUACAUUUUUGUGUAUGGGUGGUCCCGGGGAUCGAACCCACUAUCUUGGCGUUACAAGCGCCGUGCUCUACCAGCUGAGCUACAGAGGACCACAAAAAUCAAAUCAAAGGACUUUUUGAGACGGCCAGUGACAAAACAAGAUAUGGGGAUUCUGACGGUGCCAUUGUUUUAACAAAGGUAGGACCAUGUUUUUUGGAUAACUAUCUUCAUUGAUAAUAUUGUUUUCAACUCCUUUCUAAUAACAUGUUUUUGUUUAUUCUACCUAGUUGGAUAAAUCCACCACAUACUCCUUGAUAGGAUUCUGUGAGGCCCAGACCCAACAAUGUGCUGUAGCACUGAGACAUCUUCAGUGCCUUCACCACAAAGUUGCCACUUUGAUUCGCGCCGCUUGUCUGAAGGUACACUACAUUUGUCCUUUAGAUUGUUAUGAGGACAUGUAAUUACAGUCCUGAAAAAACAUCUCUGUCGCUAUCCUCUACUGAUCAACAUGUCCCUGACUGAGUCUGUAAUACCAACAUGUUUCAAGCAGACCACCAUAGUCCCCGUGCCCAAGGACUCUAAGAUAACCUGCCUAAAUGACUACCGACCCGUAGCACUGACGUCUGUAGCCAUGAAGUGCUUUGAAAGGCUGGUCAUGGCUCACAUCAACAGCAUUAUCCCAGAAACCCUAGACCCACUCCAAUUUGCAUACCGCCCCAACAGAUCCACAGAUGAUGCAAUCUCUAUUGCACUCCACACUGCCCUUCCCCACCUGGACAAGAGGAACACCUACGUGAGAAUGCUAUUCAUUGACUACAGCUCAGCAUUCAACACCAUAGUGCCCUCAAAGCUUAUCACUAAGCUAAGGAUCCUGGGACUAAACACCUCCCUCUGCAACUGGAUCCUGGACUUCCUGACGGGCCGCCCCCCAAGUGGUAAGGGUAGGUAACAACACAUCUGCUACACUGAUCCUCAACACAGGGGCCCCUCAGGGGUGCGUGCUCAGUCCCCUCCUGUACUCCCUGUUCACCCAUGACUGCAUGGCCAGGCACGACUCCAACACCAUCAUUAAGUUUGCCGACGACACAACAGUGGUAGGCCUGAUCACCGACAACGAUGAGACAGCCUAUAGGGAGGAGGUCAGAGACCUGGCCGUGUGGUGCCAGGACAACAACCUCUCCCUCAACGUGACCAAGACAAAGGAGAUGAUUGUGGACUACAGGAAAAAAAAGAGGACUGAGCACGCCCCCAUUCUCAUCGACGGGGCUGUAGUGGAACAGGUUGAGAGCUUCAAGUUCCUUGGUGUCCACAUCACCAACGAACUAUCAUGGUCCAAACACACCAAGACAGUCGUGAAGAGGGCACAACAAAGCCUAUUCCCCCUCAGGAGACUGAAAAGAUUUGGCAUGGGUCCUCAGAUCCUCAAAAGAUUCUACAGCUGCACCAUCAAGAGCAUCCUGACUGGUUGCAUCACCGCCUGGUAUGGCAACUGCUUGGCCUCCGACCGCAAGGCACUACAGAGGGUAGUGCGUACGGCCCAGUACAUCACUGGGGCCAAGCUUCCUGCCAUCCAGGACCUCUAUACCAGGCGGUGUCAGAGGAAAGCCCUCAAAAUUGUCAAAGACUCCAGCACCCUAGUCAUAGACUGUUCUCUCUGCUACCGCACGGCAAGCGGUACCGGAGUGCCAAGUCUAGGUCCAAAAGACUUCUCAACAGCUUCUACCCCCAAGCCAUAAGACUCCUGAACAGCUAAUCAUGGCUACCCGGACUAUUUGCACUGACCCCCCACCCCAUCCUUUUACGCUGCUGCUACUCUGUUAAUUAUUUAUGCAUAGUCACUUUAACUCUGCCCACAUGUACAUAUUACUUCAACUACCUCAACUAGCCAGUGCCCCCGCACAUUGACUCUGCACCGGUACCCCCCUGUAUAUGUCACGGAUUCUGCCGAGGCUGCUCCUCCUCCUUGCUCGGGCAGGCUUCGGCGUUCGUCGUCCCCGGAGUACUAGCUACCACCGUUAGAUGUUUCGAUGUUUGAUUGGUUUGGUCUGUCUGUUGCACCUGUGUCCGUUUGUGUCUGAUUAUGUGUCCUAUAAGUUUCCUGCUUUGUGUUUGUGAGUUUGUGUGUUAUUUUCCGCCUGUCCGUUGGUGUCACCCGUGCAGUACUCUGGACUUUGUUUAUUGUGACGCACUGUGUUUGCGUUGUCGCUCGCCUCCUUGUUUGAGGUCCUUUAUUUUUGUUCUGUUUAUACAGUUUAGUAAAGUCUUGUUUGACUGAGCCUAUGCGUCCUGCGUCUGACUCCUUAACCACAUCCACAUCAACACUGACAGUAUAUAUAGCCUCCCUACUGUUAUUUUAUUUUACUUCUGCUCUUUUUUUCUCAACAAUUUUUUUGUUGUUGUUUUAUUUUUUACUUUUUAGUUAAAAAUAAAUGCACUGUUGGUUAAGGGCUGUAAGUAAGCAUUUCACUGUAAUGUCUGCACCUGUUGUAUUCGGCGCAUGUGGCCAAUACAAUUUGAUUUGAUUUGAUUUGAUCUACCCUGGUUUUGAUGUUUGGCAUGACAACAACCAUAGUUGUUGGCAAGACAGCACAAACAGAUCUGAGUCCUAAUUCAUAAAGAACCCCAGAGUAAGAGUGCUGAUAUAGGAUCAGAUCCAUGGAAUAUUAUUCAGUAUGAUCUAUAAGGCUAAACUAAUCCCAGAUCAACACUCCUGAGACACUUUAUAUUGAAUAAGAUAUAUUGAAUAUAUCAUUGUACUGUCUUUUUUCUUGUUAGGCAACAGAGGUCCAGGGUGCAGAGAGACUGUUCCUCCCUCUGUCCUCUCUGUCGACCAACAGGCCGCUGUAUGCUGAGGUGGCUGAGUGGAGGGUCCUCUUGUGUCGCUUUAGCCACUUCCUCAACAUGAUAGACAGAAUGUUUGAAGAGAUGCUCUGUGUCUUGGUCAGAUCUGCAGUUCAACUCCUUCUGUCUUUCCUCCGAGAGUCCUGUAACACUAAUGGAGUGAAAGAGAGAAGACAAGAGACAAAGUAAGUGGUUUUUAAGGGAGAUAUAAUUUAGUAUGGUUAUGGUAUUUGUUUGUCAAUUAGUUUAAUUAGCAUGCUUGCGAUGUUGAAAUAUUUGUCUGUGUACUCCCUAGAAAAGUGGCAAGGAUGGAUGCAAGUGGACCUUACAGAAAUAUUAUCAAAGAGCCAACUGAUCGUAAUGCAGCGCAUAGACUUUAUUCACACAGCCAAGGCCAACCACAGCUAGUUAACAAGGUAGAUCAGCUUUUAUCUAUUGUGCCAAUGUGGUCAGAAACAUGUAAACAUCACUAAACAAUGUGUCAAUUUGUAAUACUAAAUUCACUUUCACAUGAUCACAUUUUCUAGUAAUCUCUUGUGGACAGACUUUAGUUCUGGGUUAACUGAGAUUACAUUUCUAGAUGCUACCAGAUUUUAAAAAUGAGGAGCCUGAAGAAGAGAUCCAGGCUGUAUUUGAAGUGAACGUCCUGCUUACAGUCACACCUGUGAACCAGCCAAUGACAGAUGAUGUCUCAACCAAAGGUACAACAGAGCUCCACUCUGAAGUCGACAGGAAAGGUGAAUCCCAUUUAUAGUAAAGAAACUACUAAAAUAUAUUAUAACUCUAUGAACUAAAGUGUUCAACUUAAAUGUCUGCGGAAGCUUAACGUUUCUUCAUCCCAGAUACGGAGAAGGAUAAAGAGGUUUCCCGUGAGGAGACUCCAUGGCGGUAUGACUUCAUUUAUAUAUUACAAUAAACUAUAUCGCUCCAUGUUCCUCUAUUAGAAAAAUGCAUGAAUUCCACAAACAUCAGCUAGUGUUUUUCUGAUAAUCUGUCACCUCAGUCAGUGAAGUGAUGAUAUUACACGGAUGCUGUUGUUUUCUUUCUCCAAGCUCGCCCAGCAAACGAGUGAAGCUGACCAUCUAUCCCUGCCUUGAUGACUUCACACUGCACAUUAAACAGGUGCUACAGGGAUUUGAACAAGUCAUUGGUAAGACAUUCUCUAAAGAUUUAAACUCACAGCCUUGUUGUCUUGUAAAUAGUGUAGGUUCAUAAGUAUUAUGCUGUUUUAAAGUGCAGAGCUUUGCCAGACAGUCAUGGACAGCGUCCCAAAUGGCACCCUAUUCCCUACAUACAGUGCAUUCGGAAAUCAUUCAGACCCCUUGACUUUUUCCACAUUUUGUUACGUUAAAGCCUUAUUCUAAAAUUAUUAUUUUUACUCAUUAUUCUACACACAAUACCGCAUAAUGACAAAGAGAAAACAGUUUUUUUUUUAAUUUCUGCAAAGUUAUAAAAAACUGAAAUACCUUAUUUACUAAAGUAUUGAGACCCUUUGCUAUGAGACUCGAAAUUGAGCUUAGGUGCAUCCUGUUUCCAUUGAUCAUCCUUGAGAUGUUUCUACAACUUGAUUGGAAUCCAUCUGUGGUAAAUUCAAUUGAUUGGACAUGAUUUGGAAAGGCACAAACCUGUCUAUAUAAGGUCCCACAGUUGACAGUGCAUGUCAGAGCAAAAACCAAGCCAUGAGGUCGAAGGAAUUGUCCGUAGAGCUCUGAGACAGGAUUGUGUCGAGGCACAGAUCUGGGUAAGGGUACCAAAACAUUUCUGCAGCAUUGAAGGUCCCUAAGAACACAGUGGCCUCCAUCAUUCUUAAUUGGAACCACCAAGACUCUUCCUAGAGCUGGCCGCCCGGCCAAACUGAGCAAUUGGGGGAGAAGGGACUUUGUCAGGGAGGUGACCAAGAACCCGAUGGUCACAUUGACAGAGCUCCAGAGUUCCUCUGUGGAGAUGGGAGAACCUUCCAGAAGGACAACCAUCUCUGCAGCACUCUAUCACUCUACCAACCAGGCCUUUAUGAUAGAGUGGCCAGACGGAAGCCACUCCUCAGUAAAAGGCACAUGACAGCCCGCUUGGAGUUUGUCAAAAGGCACCUAAAGGACUCUUAGACCAUGGAAACAAGAUUCUCUGGUCUGAUGAAACCAAGAUUGAACUCUUUGGCCUGAAUGCCAAGCGUCAUGUCUGGAGGAAACCUGGCACCAUCCCUACGGUAAAGCAUGGUGGUGGCAGCAUCAUGCUGUGGGGAUGUUUUUCAGCGACAGGGACUGGGAGACUAGUCAGAAUUGAGGGAAAGAUGAACGGAGCAAAGUACAGAGAGAUCCUUGAUGAAAACCUGCUCCAGAGUGCUCAGGACCUCAGACUGGGGCGAAGGUUCACCUUCCAACAGGACAAUGACCCUAAGCACACAGCCAAGACAACGCAGGAGUGGCUUCGGGACAAGUGUCUGAGUGUCCUUGAGUGGCCCAGCCAGAGCCCGGACUUGAAUCUGCAGAGAAAAAUGGGAGAAACUCCCCAAAUACAGGUGUGCCAAGCUUGUAGCGUUAUACCAAAGAAGACUCGAGGCUGUAAUCGCUGCCAAAGGGGUUUCAACAAAGUACUGUGUAAAGGGUCUGAAUACUUAUGUAAAUGUUAUAUUUCAGUUUUUUAUUUGUAAUACAUUUGCAAAAAUUUCUAAAACCUGUUUUUGCUUUGUCAUUAUGGGGUAUUGUGUGUAGAUUGAUGAGGGAAAAAACCAAUUUAAUCAAUUUUAGAAUAAGGCUGUAACGUAACAAAAUGUGGAAAAAGUCAAGGGGUCUGAAUACUUUCCGAAUGUACUCUACUGUAGGUUAUGAUGAACUUCACAGGGUGGUGAAAGUUCACAGUGAUGAGCUUGAUGCUCCUUUCCAAUAAAUAUCCAGGGUCUUAUUCUGGUGACAUGAUGAUCGAUGCUUGGCUGCCAUUUGACAAAUACAAAUAAUCUCCUUUAUGGACAGUAAUUUGUCCAUUAAGGAAUCUCAUCGUGUAGGUAGCCUUCCCGCACUGUCUGCGAGAUGUUGGCUAGAGCACGCGUGCCAAAACCAGAGUGGGCACAUUCGCUAUAUAACGCAACAGUUUAUGUGACAAAACCAUCAGUAGAGUUGAAAAUGCAAUGGAAAUAAUAAUGUGCAAAUAUUGUACAAUCCAGGUGUUCAAAGCUCUUAGAGACUUACCCAGAAAGACUCACAGCUGUAACCGCUGCCAAAGGUUAUUAUAUCAUGUAUUGACUCAGUGGUGUGAAUACCUAUGUAAAUGAGAUAUUUCUGUAUUUCUUUUUCAAUAAAUUUGCUAACAUUUCUAAAAACAUGUUUUCACUUAGUUAUUAUGUGGUAUUGUGUGUAAAACAUUUAUUAAAUCCCUUUUGAAUUCAGGCUGUAUCACAACAAAAUGUGGAAUAAGUCGAGGGGUGUGAAUACUUUCUGAUGGCACUAUACAGGUCCUUUUCCAACAAUGCAGAGUUAAAAAGAAAAUAUAUAAAUAUAAAUAGUGACAUGAGGAAUAAAUACACAGUGAAUAACGAAUAACAAUAACGAGUAAAAAUAACAUGGCUACAGUGCCUUGCAAAAGUAUUCAUCCCCCUUGGCGUUUUUUCCUAUUUUGUUGCAUUACAACCUGUAAUUUAAAUGGAUUUUUAUUUGGAUUUCAUGUAAUGGACAUACACAAAAUAGUCCAAAUUGGUGAAGUGAAAUGAACAAAAAUUACUUGUUUCAAGAAAUUCUAAAAAAUAAAUAACGGAAAAGUGGUGCGUGCAUAUGUAUUCACCCCCUUUGCUAUGAAGCGCCUAAAUAAGAUCUGGUGCAACCAAUUCCCUUCAGAAGUCACAUAAUUAGUUAAAUAAAGUCCAGCUGUGGGCAAUCUAAGUGUCACAUGAUCUCAGUAUAUAUACACCUGUUCUGAAAGGCACCAGAGUCUGCAACACCACUAAGCAAGGGGAGAAGUACAGAUCAGGGUUGGGUUAUAAAAAAAUAUCUGAAACUUAGACCAUCCCACGGAGCACCAUUAAAGCCAUUAUUAAAAAAAUCGAAAGAAUAUGGCACCACUACAAACCUGCCAAGAGAGGGCCGCCCACCAAAACUUACGGACCAGGCAAGGAGGGCAUUAAUCAGAGAGGCAACAAAGAGACCAACGAUAAGCCUGAAGGAGCUGCAAAGCUCCACAACGGAGAUUGGAGUAUCUGUCCAUAGGAACACUUUAAGCCGUACACUCCACAGAGCUGGACUUUACGGAAGAGUGGCCAGAAAAAAAGCCAUUGCUUAAAGAAAAAAAUAAGCAAACACGUUUGGUGUACGCCAAAAGGCAUGUGGGAGACUCCCCAAACAUAUGGAAGAAGGUACUCUGGUCAGAUGAGACUAAAAUUGAGCUUUUUGGCCAUCAAGGAAAACGCUAUGUCUGGCGCAAACCCAACACCUCUCAUCACCCUGAGAACACCAAUGUUUUUCAUCGGCAGGGACUGGGAAACUGGUCAGAAUUGAAAGAAUGAUGGAUGCUAAAUAGAGGGAAAUUCUUGAGGGAAACCUGUUUCAGUCUUCCAGAGAUUUGAGACUGGGACAGAGGUUCACCUUCCAGCAGGACAAUGACCCUGUCACGGUUUCGGCCGAGGCUGCUCCUCCUCCUGGUUCGGGCAGGCUUCGGCGUUCGCCGUCCCCGGAGUAUUAGCUGCCACCGCUCUAUGUUUCUGUGUUUGAUUGCUUUUGUCUGUCUGUCACACCUGUGUCUGUUUGAGUGUUGAUUAUGUGUCUUAUAAGUUCCUUGUUUUGCUCUAUGGUAAUUGUGUGUUGUUAUUUUCCGUUGCCACUUUGUAGAUAUACGUGUUUGUUUUCCGUGUCAUUUUUCCUUGUUUAGUGUUUUACGCGUGUGCGUAAUUAUCCCUCGCCACUUCGUGUUAUCGAGGUCAGGGUUUGUAAUCUUGCUUUUGAGACUAUUAAAAGUCUUGUUGGACUAACCUCUGCUUCCUGCGCUUGACUCCUCCACCACAUCCACAACGGUUUAUGACAGAACAACACACCAUCAUGGAGUCAGCAGGAUCAGCGGCGGCACCCGAAUCCCUGCUGGACCGGAUCAAUUUCCAGGACGCCAUGAUCCAGCAACUCGGGACCGUCAUGGACGAGGUGUCCAACGCCCUGCGCCGAUUGGUGAACUCUGAGGUGGCCAAGGACCCUUACAACAUCGCAUCACCAACGGCCAGUCCUCCUCUCUCAGUACCGGAACCCAGUGGCAUUCGGCUCUCACUCCCGAGGGCAUAUGACGGUUCUGCAGCCGGGUGUCAGGGAUUCCUCCUGCAGGUAGAACUGUACCUUGCCACUAUACACCCGGCGCCCUCGGGAUACGAGAGCGUCUCCGCCCUCAUCUCCUGUCUCUCCGGCAAGGCGUUGGAAUGGGCCAACGCCGAAUGGAGGGGAAUAGACGCCGCUACCAUCACCUACGCGGAGUUCUCCCGCCGCUUCAGGGCUGUCUUCGAUCAUCCCCCUGAGGGGAAAGCGGCGGGAGAGCGUCUAUUCCACCUCCGACAGGGGAAGAGGAGCGCACAGGAGUUCGCACUGGAGUUCCGGACACUAGCGGCGGAUGCGGGGUGGAAUGAGAGGGCCCUCAUCGACCAGUACCGAUGUAGUCUACGAGAGGACGUUCGUAGGGAGCUGGCCUGCAGGGACACCAACCUGUCGUUUGACCAGUUGGUGGACAUUUCCAUCCGUCUGGAUACCCUGCUGGCUACCCGCGGACGUCCCGAGUGGGGGUCGUCCAGUCCACCCUCUAGCACCCCCGAGCCGAUUCCCAUGGAGCUGGGGGGUGCUGGCGCUAGAGAGAGGAGGAGAGGGAACCCGAGGGGGGCCAUCCCCUGCACCACCUGCGGUCGUGGAGGACACACUGCGGCCAGGUGCUGGGGAGGGUCUCCUGGGAGAGGUGACAACAGGCCACGCACUGGGGAGUCAUUUCAGGUGAGUAGGCGCCCCACUCACCCAGAGCUCUCUGUUGGUCACAUGAGUAUUCCUGUGAGGUUUCCACAGGUGGCACCUCAUUCCCAGCAUAAGGCGCUAGUAGAUUCAGGCGCAGCUGGGAACUUUAUUGAUCGAGCAUUUUGUGCUAGGUUAGGAAUUCCCCUUCGGCCGGUAGAAGUUCCAUUCCCUGUCCACGCAUUAGACAGCCGGCCGUUGGGGUCGGGUCUGAUCAGGGAUGUCACAGCACCGCUGAUGAUGACGACGCAGGGGGGUCAUGAGGAAAUCAUUCAGUUCUAUCUGAUUGACUCUCCUGCGUACCCAGUGGUGUUGGGCCUUCCCUGGUUAAGCACCCAUGAUCCUACCAUAGCGUGGCAACAGAGGGCUCUUAUGGAGUGGUCUGCCCAGUGUGUAGGGAGAUGUCUAGGUGUUUCCAUAGGGGCGACCUCGGUAGAGAGUCCGAACCAAGUGCCCGCACUGCGCAUUCCCCCCGAGUAUGAGGAUUUAGCACUUGUGUUUAGCAAAUCGAGGGCAGCACGGCUACCUCCUCAUAGACAGGGGGACUGUGCGAUAAAUCUCCAGACCGGAGCGGCUCUUCCCCGGAGUCAUGUGUAUCCCCUGUCUCAAGAGGAAACUGCGGCUAUGGAGACAUACAUAGCCGAGUCCUUGGCACAGGGAUACAUACGGUUCUCUACUUCCCCAGUCUCUUCGAGUUUCUUCUUUGUGAAGAAGAAGGACGGGGGAUUGCGCCCGUGUAUUGAUUAUCGUAGUCUCAAUCAGAUCACAGUUAAAUACAGCUACCCACUUCCACUGAUUGCGACGAUGACGGAGUCAUUACGCGGAGCGCGGUUCUUCACAAAGUUGGAUCUCAGGAGCGCGUACAAUCUGGUGCGCAUUAGGGAGGGGGAUGAAUGGAAGACAGCAUUUAGCACCACCUCGGGUCAUUACGAGUAUCUCGUCAUGCCAUACGGUUUAAUGAAUGCUCCUUCAGUCUUCCAAUCCUUUGUUGACGAGAUUUUCCGGGACAUGCAUGGGCAGGGAGUAGUAGUUUACAUUGACGACAUCCUAGUGUACUCUGCUACUCGAGCCGAGCAUGUAGCCCAGGUACGCCGAGUGUUGAGACGACUGUUGGAGCAUGACUUGUAUGUCAAGGCAGAGAAAUGCCUGUUCUUCCAGGAGUCCGUCUCCUUUUUGGGUUAUCGGUUGUCCGCGUCUGGUGUGGAGAUAGAGGUAGACCGGGGUAUCGGCCGUGCGUAAUUGGCAAACUCCAACCACUGUAAAAGAGGUGCAGCAGUUCUUGGGUUUUGCUAAUUACUACCGGAAGUUUAUUCGGGGUUUUGGACAGGUUGCAGCUCCCAUUACGUCCCUGCUAAAGGGGGGUCCGGUUCGCUUGCAGUGGUCGGCUGAGGCGGACAGGGCAUUUGUCAAACUUAAGAACCUGUUCACCUCGGCUCCUGUGCUGGCGCAUCCGGAUCCCUCUUUACCAUUCCAGGUUGAGGUAGACGCGUCCGAGACUGGUAUUGGGGCAGUUCUAUCACAACGGUCCGGCACGCCACCUAAACUCCGCCCCUGUGCGUUCUACUCCAAGAAGCUCAGCGCGGCGGAGAGUAACUAUGAUGUCGGGGACAGGGAGCUGUUAGCCGUAGUCCAGGCCCUAAAGGUGUGGAGGCAUUGGCUUGAGGGGGCUCAACACCCUUUCCUCAUUCUGACGGAUCACCGUAACCUGGAGUACAUCCGGGCAGCUAGGAGAUUGAACCCUCGUCAGGCUAGGUGGAACAUGUUCCUAACCCGGUUCGUUUUUAAGAUCACAUACAUCCCUGGGUCCCAGAAUGGUAAGGCAGACGCCCUGUCCCGGCGGUAUGACACAGAGGAGAGGUCCAACGAGCCUACUUCCAUACUGCCGGAGUCUUGUUUGGUGGCUCCGGUGGUGUGGGAGGUCGAUUCAGAAAUCGAGCGGGCACUGCGUACCGACCCUACUCCCCCCGAGUGUCCUGUGGGGCGGACGUACGUUCCGCUCGAGAUUCGUGAUCGACUUAUUUAUUGGGCUCAUACAUCACCCUCCUCUGGACAUCCAGGUAUUGGCCGGACAUUGCACUGUCUUAGCAUGAAAUACUGGUGGCCAACGUUAGCCAGGGAUGUGAGGGUUUAUGUCUCCUCCUGCUCGGUGUGUGCCCAGUGUAAGGCGCCUAGACAUUUGCCCAGGGGUAAGCUACAUCCCCUGCCCGUUCCACAACGACCAUGGUCCCACCUAUCGGUGGAUUUCGUAACCGACCUUCCCCCCUCCCAGGGGAAUACCACCAUUUUGGUCGUUGUGGAUCGGUUUUCCAAGGCCUGUCGUCUCCUUCCCAUGCCGGGUAUCCCUACUGCCCUACAAACCGCUGAGGCCCUAUUCACCCAUGUUUUCCGGCACUAUGGGGUCCCCGAGGAUAUUGUGUCUGACCGAGGUCCCCAGUUCACUUCCAGAGUUUGGGGAGCGUUCAUGGAACGGUUGGGGGUCUCGGUAAGCCUUACCUCGGGGUACCACCCAGAGAGUAAUGGGCAGGUGGAACGUGUCAACCAGGAUGUGGGUAGGUUUUUGAGGUCCUAUUGCCGGGACCGGCCGGAGGAGUGGUCGAGGUUCAUCCCCUGGGCAGAGAUGGCCCAGAACUCUCUCCGCCACUCCUCCACCAACUUAACACCUUUCCAGUGUGUUUUAGGUUAUCAGCCGGUCCUGGCACCGUGGCACGAGAGCCAGAUCGAGGCCCCUGCGGUGGACGAGUGGAUUCGGACGAGUGAAUAGUUAUGCACGCUCAAGUUUUCUGUUUUUCUGUCAUAUUUCUUGUUUGUUUCACCCCAAAAAUAUUUUGCAUCUUCAAAGUGGUAGGCAUGUCGUGUAAAUCAAAUGAUACAAACCCCCCCAAAAUCCAUUUUAAUUCCAGGUUGUAAGGCAACAAAAUAGGAAAAAUGCCAAGGGGGGUGAAUACUUUCGCAAGCCACUGUAUAUACUGGGAGUACCAGUACCGAGUCGAUAUUCAGGGAUACGAGGUAAUUGAGGUAGCUACAGUGCAUUCGGAAAGUACUAAGACCCCUUGACUUUUUCCACAUUUUGAUACGUUACAGCCUUAUUCUAAAAUUGAUGAAAUUGUUUUUUUCCCCUCAUCAAUCUACACACAAUACCACAUAAUGACAAAGUGAAAACAGGUUUUUAGAAAUGUUUGCUAAUUUAUAAAAUAAAAUAAACUGAUAUCACAUUUACAAACGUAUUCAGACCCUUUGUUAUGAGACUCGAAAUUGAGCUCAGGUGCAUCCUGUUUCCAUUGAUCAUCCUUGAGAUGUUUCUACAACAUGAUUGGAGUCCACCUGCGGUAAAUUCAAUUGUUUGGACAUGGUUUGGAAAGGCACACACCUGUCUAUAAAAGGUCCCACAGUUGACAGUGCAUAUCAGAGCAAAAACCAUGCCUUGAGGUCGAAGGAAUUGUCCGUAGAGCUCAGAGACAGGAUUGCGUCGAGGCACAGAUCUGGGGAAGGGUACCAAAACAUUUCUGCAGCGUUGAAGGUCCCCAAGAACACAGUAGCCUCCAUCAUUCUUAAAUGGAAGAAGUUUGGAACCACCAAGACUCUUAGUAGAGCUGGCCGCCCGGCCAAACUGAGCAAUUGGGGGAGAAGCGUUUUUUUCAGGGAGGUUACCAAGAACCCGAUGGUCACAUUGACAGAGCUCCAGAGUUCGUCUGUGGAGAUGGGAGAACCUUCCAGAAGGACAACCAUCUCUGCAGCACUCCACCAGUCAGGCCUUUAUGGUAGAGUGGCCAGACGGAAGGCACUCCUCAGAAAAGGCACAUGACAGCCUGCUUGGAAUUUGCCAAAAGGCACCUAAAGGACUCAGACCAUUAGAAACAAGAUUCUCUUGUCGGAUUAAACAAAGAUUGAACUCUUUGGCCUCUUUGACCCGAUCGAACAUCUCUGGAGAGACCUGAAAAUAGCUGUGCAGCGACGCUCCCCAUCCAACCUGACAGAGCUUGAGAGGAUCUGCAGAGAAUAAUGUGAGAAACUCCCCAAAUACAGGUGUGCGAAGCCUGUAGCAUCAUACCCAAGAAGACUCAAGGCUGUAAUCGCUGCCAAAGGUGCUUCUGUAGGUAGGGGUAAAGUGACUAGACAGCAGGAUAAAUAAUAGACUGAGCUGUAGCAGCAGUAUACUGUAGAUAGGGGUAAAGUGACUAGGCAACAGGAUAGAUAAUAGACAGUAGCAGCAGUAUACUGUAGGUAGGGGUAAAGUGACUAGACAACAUAAUAGAUAAUAGACUGAGCUGUAGCAGCAGUAUACUGUAGGUAGGGGUAAAGUGACUAGACAACAGGAUAUAUAAUAGACUGAGCUGUAGCAGCAGUAUACUGUAGGUAGGGGUAAAGUGACUAGACAACAGGAUAGAUAAUAGACAGUAGCAGCAGUAUACUGUAGGUAGGGGUAAAGUGACUAGACAACAGGAUAGAUAAUAGACUGAGCUGUAGCAGCAGUAUACUGUAGGUAGGGGUAAAGUGACUAGACAACAGGAUAGAUAAUAGACUGAGCUGUAGCAGCAGUAUACUGUAGGUAGGGGUAAAGGGACUAGACAACAGGAUAGAUAAUAGACAGUAGCAGCAGUAUACUGUAGGUAGGGGUAAAGUGACUAGACAACAGGAUAGAUAAUAGACAGUAGCAGCAGUAUACUGUAGGUAGGGGUAAAGGGACUAGACAACAGGGUAGAUAAUAGACAGUAGCAGCAGUAUACUGUAGGUAGGGGUAAAGUGACUAGACAACAGGAUAGAUAAUAGACUGAGCUGUAGCAGCAGUAUACUGUAGGUAGGGGUAAAGUGACUAGACAACAGGAUAUAUAAUAGACUGAGCUGUAGCAGCAGUAUACUGUAGGUAGGGGUAAAGUGACUAGACAACAGGAUAGAUAAUAGACAGUAGCAGCAGUAUACUGUAGGUAGGGGUAAAGUGACUAGACAACAGGAUAGAUAAUAGACUGAGCUGUAGCAGCAGUAUACUGUAGGUAGGGGUAAAGGGACUAGACAACAGGAUAGAUAAUAGACAGUAGCAGCAGUAUACUGUGUAGGGGUAGGGUAAAGGGACAGUAGCAGCAUAUACUGUGUAGGGUAAGAUAAUAGAACAGUAGCAGCAGUAUACUGUAGGUAGGGGUAAAGUGACUAGACAACAGGAUAGAUAAUAGACUGAGCUGUAGCAGCAGUAUACUGUAGGUAGGGGUAAAGGGACUAGACAACAGGAUAGAUAAUAGACUGAGCUGUAGCAGCAGUAUACUGUAGGUAGGGGUAAAGUGACUAGACAACAGGAUAUAUAAUAGACUGAGCUGUAGCAGCAGUAUACUGUAGGUAGGGGUAAAGUGACUAGACAACAGGAUAGAUAAUAGACAGUAGCAGCAGUAUACUGUAGGUAGGGGUAAAGUGACUAGACAACAGGAUAGAUAAUAGACUGAGCUGUAGCAGCAGUAUACUGUAGGUAGGGGUAAAGUGACUAGACAACAGGAUAGAUAAUAGACUGAGCUGUAGCAGCAGUAUACUGUAGGUAGGGGUAAAGGGACUAGACAACAGGAUAGAUAAUAGACAGUAGCAGCAGUAUACUGUAGGUAGGGGUAAAGUGACUAGACAACAGGAUAGAUAAUAGACUGAGCUGUAGCAGCAGUAUAUGUGGAGCAGUAGCAGCAAUGUAUGUUGUGAGUGUGUGUCGUCAGUGUGCAUGUGUGCGUAUGUUAUGUGUGUGUAGGCGUAUGUACAAGUAAUGUGUGUGUGUGUGUGUGUGUGUAUUGGGGUGUCAGUGUAAGUAUGUGUGAGUGUAUGGGUAGAGACCAGUGUGUGUGUGCAUAGAGUCAGUGCAAGAGAGUUAGUUCAAAAAAGGGUCAAUGCAGGUAGUCCAGGUAGACAUUUGAUUAGCUAUUUAGCAGCCUAGUUUAGCAGUCUUAUAGCUUGGGGGUAGAAGCUGUUCAGGGUCCUGCUGGUUCCAGACUUGGUGCACUGGUACCGCUUGCCGUGGGCUUUCCUCUGACACAGAGGUCCUGGAUGGCAGGGAGCUCGGCCCCAGUGAUGUACUGGGCUGUACUCACCAUCCUCUGUUGCGCCUUGCAGUCGGGUGCCUUGCAGUUGCCAUACCAAGCGGUGAUGCAGCCAGUCGAGAUGCUCUCAAUGGUGCAGCUGUAGAACUUUUUGAGGAUUUGACGGCCCAUGCCAAAUCUUUUCAGCCACCUGAAGGGGGAAGAGACGCUGUCGUGCCAUCUUCACAACACCAAAAGUAUUGGGAUAAAUUCACUUAUGUGUAUUCAAGUAGUAAAAAGUUAAGUAUUUGGUCCCAUUUUCCUAGUACGCAAUGGCUACAUUAAGCUUGUGACUGUACAACUUGUUGGAUGCAUUUGCUGUUGUGUUGGUUGUGUUUCAGAUUAUUUUGUGUCCAAUAGAAAUUAAUGGUAAAUAAUGUAUUUUGUAAUUUUGGAGUGGCUUUUAUUGUAAAUAAGAAUAUAAUAUGUUUUCUAAACACUUCUACAUUCAUGUGGAUGCUACCAUGAUUACGGAUAAUCCUGAAUGAAUCGUGAGUAAUGAUAAGUAAGAAAGUUACAGAUGCACAAAUAUCAUAACCCCAAGACAUGUUAACCCCUCAACAUUACCAUUACAAUAACAGGGGAGGUUAGCAUUUUUGGGGGGUAUGAUCUUUGACCCUUUGUAACUUUCUCCACUCAUCAUUAUUCACAAGUCUUUAACUUUUACUUCAAAGUCAUUGUAUCAUUUAAAAUCCAAAGUGCUGGGGGGGGGGGGGGGGGGGGGGGGUCACUGUGGGAGUCACUGUGGGAUGAAUUGAGAUACUUUUUGAAGAGGUAUUUUCCAUAGAACUGUACAGAGUGUCGUUGUUUGUCGCUAACCUAUUACUAGUUCGACGUGUUUUUCUAUAUUCUACAUAUGGUUUGUUGACAUAUGACAUGGACCUUGACACAGAUGAUACACAUCUGAUGUGUUUGUUGAUUUCCAGCUAUCGGACAUCCUCAGUACCGUCCAGCGAGGGAUGCAGGGAGUGGAGAAGCACUGUCAGAGGAUAGAGAAGUUCUGUGAUAUGGUGGAGACAGCCAUGUUGACUGACAUCGAUACGUUCUUGGCCGGGGAGAAAUGGUCUCCCCAGGAUAUCAAGGCCAUCUUGGCGGUGCACACAGAGAGCAUCAGGCUGAUGAAGAGGAUAGAGACUGAGACCCGCGUCAACAUGAUCCUGGUCAGGUGUCACCAUUACCAGACAAACUGCCUGCCCUACCCACAGGCUCUCAUCUUUACUAUUCACUCCAGGCUCCCCUCCAUCGUUAAGAAGAAGAACCUCGAACUGAUGGAGGUUUGUUAAAUAGAACAUUAGUAUACCAUAGUUUUUGUUGUUGUUUUUGAAGCUCGUCUAAAUACCAGAUACUCUACCUACAGUCAUGAAGUAAACUUUAGACUUCAUGCAUAUUUCAUGCUCAGGCUAUUCAUAUUUUGAAGUUAUUGUAACUGCGUUGAGGAUCUUUGACCGGUACUACUUUUUGGUUAUACUUUCCUCUCCAUCUGUUCAAUCAGGUGAUCAGAGGAGCUCUUAAGAAGCUGGAUAAAGACAUUUUUACAUUGGAAGAGUUUGUGGAGCAUCUGACCUUCCUGAGUCGGAUAUCUGUGCAGAUUCCCACUCUGCAGAGACAGUAUCAGCUCCUCAUCCAGCUCUAUAGUAUGGCUAAAGAGUACCAGAUCGCUAUCUCUCCUGAGGAGCUGGCUUUGUACCAGCACCUCGUCCCCAGCUUCCAGCAUCUCAAAUCCACUGUCAUGAUCUGUGAAACCAAGAGGGAUGACAACAUCUUCAAGUUCAGUGUUGAUCUGGGCAAACACUUAAAUCAACUCAGAUUUGAGCUUGUUCUGGUCAAAAUGAAGGUACGGUUGAUCUUCUAGCAGUUAUUGUGCUUUAUUCCCCUCCUUAAUACUCAAUAAGAGUCAUUAUUCUUGAUUGUGAUUUCCUCUUCCUGACAAAGCUGCCUAGCCUGGUCUCACACCUGUUCAAACUGCCAAUGGUUUGACAAUGAUUACCAUAGGAGUUGGCAAGACACCGCAAACAUAUUUAGGACCGGGCUAAGAGAUGUCACAAAUCUCUUAUUUCUCAGGUGAACAAUCCCAUCCUGCUUUGCUCCUACACGUCUCCCAAAGUGGCCAAUGAGAUCCUCCAGGCUCUCUCAGAGGAGGUGGCCAUCUACUCCAGUAAGGCAUACAGCUACACCAGCUACGGAGAGCUCCUGAGAAACUCUUUCUCUAUGAAGAAGAUCUGCACUGUGGUCCGCAUGAAGCAGGGCCGUGGUUCAAACGCUGCCGAAGUGGAGGCAGAGCUGUCUGAGGUGGACUGUGCUCUGACGCUGAGGAAGAUGCUCUGGGGGAUGCAGGAGGAGUGGGAUAAACAGUGCGGCCUUUGGAGAGCCACCACCUUCGAGCUGCUCAAUGUGGACGACCUGCAGAAUGAUGUCAGCCGCUUUACACAGACCAUCUACAUGUUAGAGAAAGGUGGGGCUUUCAGGUCUCUGAGUGAUAUUUUAAAAUCAUUAUCGUUGGGAUUCACCACCGUGUCAUUUCAGGUUGUUCUCUGUUAUCACAAGUAUUUCUGUGUUAAAUUAUGACGUGUGAAUGUAAAGGAAUUAAUUUAUGUGAAACAACUGAUAAACAUUGUUUUCUUUGUCAUUCAGGUUUACCUGAAAACAACAUAGUUCCCAUUCUGAAGCAGAAGGUGAUGGACUUCAAGCUUUGUCUGCCCAUCAUCGUAGCUCUCAGGAACCCUUAUCUCCGUCAGAGACACUGGGAAGACAUCCAGAGCUAUAUCGGACGAUUCUUCACCAAAGAGGAUAACUUCACCCUUGGAAACCUCUUGGACAUAAAGGUAGGGCAUCUUUAGAUGAAUGGUAGCAAUGAAAUACAGUGAGGGAAAAAAGUAUUUGAUCCCCUGCUGAUUUUGUACGUUUGCCCACUGACAAAGAAAUGAUCAGUCUAUAAUUUUAAUGGUAGGUUUAUUUGAACAGUGAGAGACAGAAUAACAACAAAAAAAUCCAAAAAAACGCAUGUCAAAAAUGUUAUAAAUUGAUUUGCAUUUUAAUGAGGGAAAUAAGUAUUUGACCCCCUCUCAAUCAGAAAGAUUUCUGGCUCCCAGGUGUCUUUUAUACAGGUAACGAACUGAGAUUAGGAGCACACUCUUAAAGGGAGUGCUCCUAAUCUCAGUUUGUUACCUGUAUAAAAGACACCUGUCCACAGAAGCAAUCAAUCAAUCAGAUUCCAAACUCUCCACCAUGGCCAAGACCAAAGAGCUUUCCAAGGAUGUCAGGGACAAGAUUGUAGACCUACACAAGGCUGGAAUGGGCUACAAGACCAUCGCCAAGCAGCUUGGUGAGAAGGUGACAACAGUUGGUGCGAUUAUUUGCAAAUGGAAGAAACACAAAAGACCUGUCAAUCUCCCUUGGCCUGGGGCUCCAUGCAAGAUCUCACCUCGUGGAGUUGCAAUGAUCAUGAGAACGGUGAGGAAUCAGCCCAGAACUACACAGGAGGAUCUUGUCAGUGAUCUCAAGGCAGCUGGGACCAUAGUCACCAAGAAAACAAUUGGUAACACACUACGCCAUUAAGGACUGAAAUCCUGCAGCGCCCGCAAGGUCCCCCUGCUCAAGAAAGCACAUAUACAGGGCCGUCUGAAGUUUGCCAAUGAACAUCUGAAUGAUUCAGAGGAGAACUGGGUGAAAGUGUUGUGGUCAGAUGAGACCAAAAUGGAGCUCUUUGGCAUCAACUCAACUCGCCGUGUUUGGAGGAGGAGGAAUGCUGCCUAUGACCCCAAGAACACCAUCCCCACCGUCAAACAUGGAGGUGGAAACAUUAUGCUUUGGGGGUGUUUUUCUGCUAAGGGGACAGGACAACUUCACCGCAUCAAAGGGACGAUGGACAGGGCCAUUUACCGUCAAAUCUUGGGUGAGAACUUCCUUCCCUCAGCCAGGGCAUUGAAAAUGGGUCGUGGAUGGGUAUUCCAGCAUGACAAUGACCCAAAACACACGGCCAAGGCAACAAAGGAGGGGCUCAAGAAGAAGCACAUUAAGGUCCUGGAGUGGCCUAGCCAGUCUCCAGACCUUAAUCCCAUAGAAAAUCUGUGGAGGGAGCUGAAGGUUCGAGUUGCCAAACGUCAGCCUCGAAACCUUAAUGACUUGGAGAAGAUCUGCAAAGAGGAGUGGGACAAAAUCCCUCCUGAGAUGUGUGCAAAACUGGUGGCCAACUACAAGAAACGUCUGACCUCUGUGAUUGCCAACAAGGGUUUUGCCAUCAAGUACUAAGUCAUGUUUUGCCGAGGGGUCAAAUACUUAUUUCCCUCAUUAAAAUGCGAAUCAAUUUAUAAUAUUUUUGACAUGCGUUUUUCUGGAUUUUUUUGUUGUUAUUCUGUCUCUCACUGUUCAAACAAACCUACCAUUAAAAUUAUAGACUGAUCAUUUCUUUGUCAGUGGGCAAACUUACUAAAUCAGCAGGGGAUCAAAUACUUUUUUCCCUCACUGUAUCUACCUAGCUUUUCUGAUAAUUUCUGGCAAAACUUUCAGAAAUCACAUUCAGGGCCAUUUCUAAGUUCUAACAUUGCGAUCAUGAUAUGUUAUUUUUUUAAUCUACUUUAGUUGAAUCCGCUAUUUGUAAGUGGCUCUGGAUAAUAGCAUCUACUAAAUGACUAUAAUCUGAACGUAACAUUAUAUUCUACAUUUCCCUCUGUGACAUGUAUGCAGAUUCUUCAGCAAAGUGGUUUGAUAGGGGACAUCUCCACUACUGCCACCAAUGAGGCCACUUUAGAGAGCAUCCUGUACAAAGUGAUUGACCUGUGGAGGAGCACGGACUUCCGUCUGAUCACCCACCAGUCUGACACGUCCACGGUGAAGAUCAUCGCCUCGGCAGACGACAUCAUGGCACAGCUGGAAGAGAGCCAGACCACUAUCAUGAGCAUCAAGGCAUCCCGCUAUGCUGAGCCUAUCAAGGUGAGGUGUCAUUUAAAUCUGACUGGAGAGACGUCAUGAUUCGUUAAAAAAAUGACAUGAUUCGAAUAAAUAUUGCCCCUUUUCAUAUCAUAGAUUCUAGAAAUUAGUCUUUCGCUUUAAAACCCAUUUAUGCAGAAUUUGGGAAAUAAUGAAAUCACUCUGUUAUUUCAAGAAAAAAGACAAGUUAAGUUCUCUCAAUCUUGCAGUUUUGUCAGUUGUUGGGGGACGAGGUGGUAUUCUUUAGCCUGUUCUCAGAUCUGUGUGUUCUGUCUUGCCAACUCCUAUGGACAGUGUCAUGCCACACUGCGUAACAAUGACCAUAGGAGUUGGUAAGACAGAACAAACAGACCUGGGACCAGGCUAAGUAUUAUUGUGUGUGAUGUCAGUCUGGUCUCUCUCUUGUUUAGUAUCUGAUAGAUGAAUGGGAGAGGAAGCUGAACCAGUUCUCUCAUACUCUGGAGGAGUGGGUCAUGUGUCAGAAGAGAUGGCUCCACCUGGAGCCUAUCUUCUCUGCCGGAGGGAUUCAGAGGCAAGGCAGCUAUUGUUGUUUGACCUUGUGUAUGACGCUUUUUUAACCUGUGUGUGUUGUAGUUACAGAUGAUGUGUAUAAUGGCACUUUGGUUUGUAUUGUUUAUUGUGUUGUCUUGUCUGUGUUUCAUCUGCUGCUGACAAUUCAUCUAUACUGAACAAAAAUAUAAACGCAACAUGCAACAAUUUCGAUGAUUUUACUGAGUUACAGUUCAUAUAAAGAAAUCAGUUAAUUUAAAUAAAUUCAUUAGGCCCUAAUCUAUGGAUUUCACAUGAUUGGGCAGGGGCGCAGCCAUGGGGUUGCCUGGGAGGGCAUAGGCCCACCCACUGGGGAGCCAGGCCCAGCCAAUUAGAAUACGUUUUUUCCCCACAAAAGGGUUUUAUUAUAGACAGAAAUACUCCUCAAUUUCAUCAACUGUCUGGGUGGCUGGCCUCAGAAGAUACCACAGGUUGAAGAAGCCGGAUGUGGAGGUCCUGGGCUGGCGUGGUUACACGUGGUGUGCGGUUGUGAGGCAUGUUGGACGUACUGCCAAAUUCUCUAAAACGACGUUGGAGGUGGCUUAUGGUAGAGAAAUGAACAUUAAAUUCUCUUGCAACAGCUCUGGUGGACAUUCCUGCAGUCAGCAUGCCAAUUGUGCACUCCCUCAGAACUUGAGACAUCUGUGGCAUUGUGUUGUGUGACAAAACUGCACAUCUAAGUGGCCUUUUAUUGUCCCCAGAACAAGGUGCACCUGUGUAAUGAUCAUGCUGUUUAAUCAGCUUCUUUUGAUAUGCUGCACCUGUCAGGUGGAUGGAUUAUCUUGGCAAAGGAGAAAUGCUCACUAACAGGGAUGUAAACAAAUUUGUGCACAACAUUUGCGAGACAUAAGCUUUUUGUUCGUAUGGAACAUUUCUGGGAUCUUUUUAUUUCAGCUCAUGAAACAUGGGACCAACACUUUACAUGUUGCGUUUAUAUUUUUGUUCAGUAUAUUUCUGGUUGAUGAUUUUGGAAAUUGUUCUUUUGACUGCACUUUGAAGACAUAACUUUCACAUGUAGUCAUCUAAUCUGAUAUAAUGUGGGGUAGAUAUCUACCUGGAGUAGGUUAAAGGUCCAAUGAGGCCGUUUCUAUCUCAAUAUCUAAUCAUUUCUUCGUAACAAUUAAGCACCUUACUGUGAUUGUUUUCAAUUAAAAUGGUACCCCCAAAAUGUUUUGCUUCUUAGCAAAGGGCAAAUUCUGUGAGUGAUCUGAGUGGGGAGGGGUGAACUGGAACUCUCUUUCUUAUUGGUCUAUUAACUAAUUUACUUCAUGGCGAUGUCACCAGGCAGGCCAAAACUCCAUCCCACCAAAACAGGCUGAAAUUUCAGUCGGUCUUUUCCAACAGCUCUUACAGGGCAUUAUUAUAAUUUUCACAAUUUCACAGUAUUAUUCCAACCUCAUAGUGUGUAAAUACUGUAUAUAUAAAACACAGGAAAAUCACGUUUUUGAGUGCACUUGGCCUUUAAGAAGACUCAAAAUAUAGUACAAAAAAUAUGAUUUAAUGUAAUCCAAAAUAUGUAAUUUUCUGACUUGAAAUGAAUGAACCUCUUUCUACUAGACAGCUCCCAGCGGAGGCCAAGGUGUUCCUGCAGGUGGAUCAAUCAUGGAAGGAGAUCAUGCGGAGGACAGAUGACAGGCCUAAUGCCCUGAGAGCAGCUACUGCCCCUGGGGUCCUGGAGAUGCUGCAGGCUGGCAACAUCCACCUGGAGAAGAUACAGAAGUGUCUGGAGGUACUGGAGGGAGUUAGGGUGCCUGGGUGCCAGACUGUUUCUGCUAUCUGGAGGGAGUUAGGGUGCCUGAGUGCCAGACUGUUUCUGCUAUCUGGAGGGAGUUAGGGUGCCUCGGUGCCAGACUGUUUCUGCUAUCUGGAGGGAGUUAGGGUGCCUGGGUGCCAGACUGUUUCUGCUAUCUGGAGGGAGUUAGGGUGCCUGAAUGCCAGACUGUUUCUGCUAUCUGGAGGGAGUUAGGGUGCCUCGGUGCCAGACUGUUUCUGCUAUCUGGAGGGAGUUAGGGUGCCUGGGUGCCAGACUGUUUCUGCUAUCUGGAGGGAGUUAGGGUGCCUGAAUGCCAGACUGUUUCUGCUAUCUGGAGGGAGUUAGGGUGCCUCGGUGCCAGACUGUUUCUGCUAUCUGGAGGGAGUUAGGGUGCCUGAGUGGCAGACUGUUUCUGCUAUCUGGAGGGAGUUAGGGUGCCUCGGUGCCAGACUGUUUCUGCUAUCUGGAGGGAGUUAGGGUGCCUGGUUGCCAGAAUGUUUCUGCUAUCUGGAGGGAGUUAGGGUGCCUGGGUGCCAGAAUGUUUCUGCUAUCUGGAGGGAGUUAGCAGAAACAGUCUGGCACCCAGGCACCCUAACUCUCUCCUGAUAGCAGAAACAGUCUGGCACCCUAUCAGGAGGGAGUUAGGGUGCCUGGGUGCCAGACUGUUUCUGCUAUCUGGAGGGAGUUAGGGUGCCUGGGUGCCAGACUGUUUCUGCUAUCAGGAGGGAGUUAGGGUGCCUGGGUGCCAGACUGUUUCUGCUAUCUGGAGGGAGUUAGGGUGCCUGGGUGCCAGACUGUUUCUGCUAUCUGGAGGGAGUUAGGGUGCCUGGGUGCCAGACUGUUUCUGCUAUCUGGAGGGAGUUAGGGUGCCUGGGUGCCAUAAUGUUUUUGCUAUCUUGUCAACUCCUUGUCAUUCAUUGUCAUCUCAAACAUGACAAUUCCAUAAUGAGUAGAAACAGAUUGGCACCCAGGCUAGCAUACCACAUGAUACAGCAGACUGGCGCCCAGGCUAGCAUACCACAUGAUACAGCAGACUGGCCCCAGGCUAGCAUACCACAUGAUACAGCAGACUGGCCCCAGGCUAGCAUACCACAUGAUACAGCAGACUGGAACCCAGGCUAGCAUACCACAUGAUACAGCAGACUGGAACCCAGGCUAGCAUACCACACGAUACAGCAGACUCUCAAAAGGACAAUGCACUUAAUUUCCUGUCUGUAGGGUCAGCUGGGCUGUAAAACCUCACACAUUUUCAUUCGCAACUCUCAAACAACAUUUAUGUUAUCCUAGUUACUUUCAGAGUUGCCGUUUAUUUCAACACUUGACUGUUUGUUUCGUUUUCUGCAGGAUUAUCUUGAAUCCAAAAGAACAGUUUUCGCAAGAUUCUACUUCCUCAGCAAUGAGGAGCUGCUGGAUGUUCUGUCACAGAGCAAAAACCCCAACGCCAUUCAGGUUCCCAUCUCAUAUUAUAGGCUAACCAUCCAAGAGGAAAUUACUCUAUUUUGUUUCCAACCAUAAGCAGCAGCUGAAAGUUAGUAUUUCACUUUUAUACAGUAGACUCUCAAAAGCACAAUGCACUUAAUUUCCUGUCUGUAGGGUCAGCUGGGCUGUAACGUCGUCCCCAGGCUCAAUUGCUACCGCAUAUAGAGACGGGUAACACUGCUUCAAAAUGGGAAAGGGGUGUGGUUAGAAUCGAGGCGGGAGAUGGAGCGAGCCUGCUACAGAUGUAGGAUCUUAAUUUGAACCAGUUUACUACUUAAGGAAAAUAUUGAAUUAUUAUGUGGAUUGUAAUUAAUGGAAAUUUUUUGUAGGUGUUGCUAAAAAUUUUUUUAUGUCAAAUGAAGUCUGACAUAUUUAAGUGAAAAUUACAAACUUUAAAAGCCUGUUUAAACCUCAAAUACACUGGAAAUUUCUCAGCAACAAAAUAGUGAUCAAAUUAAGAUCCUACAUCUGUACAGUUGUAUUAGAUGGGACUUUGAAAAAUGAUGAACAUUGACCAUAUUAUUUUUGGGAAGCCCAAUUUGAUUCUGAGUUCGAGCAUAUAAACGUAUAUGUGAAAACUAUUUCUAAGAUGCGUACCUACAGCUUUUCUCAACUCACUUCCUUGUUUAUAUCCUUGUGCUGCUUGUGCUCUGAAGUCCAGAAUGUAGUGCAAGGUUAUUCUGAGGGUUAUGCUAGAUGGUGAUGAAUUGAGACAUCAGCCAAUUAAAACCAGUGGCUGUUUCGUCCUGCCAUAGGCUUUCAUUGAAGUUCCAUUCUGAGGCGCUGUGAAACCAGACGGUUCGACAGAGAGAGAGCCGGCUGGUGGACGAGAUUAGCUGGGCUUUAAAAGCUUGUACAAAACGUUCAGACAUUUUUAUUCAGAACUUUCAAACAACAUUUAUGUUAAUUCAAUCAAUUUAAUUCAAUCCAUUCUCUACAACACUUUUAAGCCUCAUCUUGCAAAAUGCUUCAGCAACAUCCGUCACCUGGACAUCCAGGAACAUGCUACGAUCCACCACGUAGUGGCAACCAUACGUUCAGCCGAGGGCGAAACUGUGACCAUGCCAAAGUAAAUAGUUUAAUCAUUGAUAGUCAACCAAAUGGAAACAUUUACAUUUAGGCCUAAUUCAUGUUUUUUUUCUGUUACCGAGAAUCCCAAAACAACUCUUUCUUCUCUUUGAAUUCUUUAGAAAUGUUCAAAUACGUGGGCCUGUGGAGCAAUGGAUGGGAAACGUGGAAACAGCGAUGUACAACACAGUGAAAAGGUACAGUAACCAUUUUGCAUGCAGCUUUUUCUUUCCUGUUCAAAACGUGUUGAUACUGUAUAUUAGGGGUGUAACGAUUCAUCUACUACAUCGAUGUAUCGAUUUAUAUUCAUAUGAUCCAACUACAUCGAUCUGUGCACGGCGAGUUGGCCUUUUGGACAACAUAUAUCGAUCUAAUAUCGUUUUAAAAUGUAAUAAAUCGAUUGUAUCGAUACUAGGAAAUAACCCAUUGGAUUUAAGCACGUCAGACUUUAUAUGCAGGGGUGCACAUAACUGGUACGCAGAUACGCAAGUGCGACAAAUUACUACGCGCCUUUGCGUACUUGACCGAUCUUCUCAUCUAACCUUACACAUGACAUGUUGCUUGUCAACUACUGUCAGGGAUGUCCAAAAAGCAACAGACAUUAAGCAGCCUUUUUGGUGUUUCGCCACCUACAAAGAAACGCCAACUGGAGCCAGAGCCGAAGAAAAUACUUUUUUCGGAAAAGUGGCUCCAAGAUGUGCAGUGGCUUGAAGCUAACGAUGAGCGCACUGAAAUGUGGUGCAAGAUUUGCCGCUCAAAUCCACAUCUAGCAGACAAAACAGGUGCAUUUUAUAAAGGCUCAAAGAAUUUCAACCAUCCUUUAUUUGACCAACAUGAAAAGAGCAAGGAGCACACGAAUGUGGCGCAAGCCAUUGCUAAAAGCUAGCCGAGAAUAAAUGCAUAAAGCUAAACACGCACGUCCCAUGUCUUCCUAUUCUGAGGAUGUUCCUUUACUGAAUGCUUUUUGAUGGAUCUGAGGACAUCACAAAAACUGAGCAGGAAAUAGUUUACAUUGUGUCUGUGUCCAGCAACGGAGAGUUUACUUCGGACUUUAUUGGACUGAUUGAAUUGGGUGCUGACCGAACCGCACAGGCCAUAACAGACGGACUUGUGAGACUUUUCCAGGACACAGGCUUGGAUGACACAGACGGGGCUGCUGUCAACGUAGGUAUGGGUAAGUUUCAUAAUACCAGAUGGUCUGCAUGGAGGCAUGAAACACUGUUAAAAAUAUCAAGACUAUUGCCAGCCAUUAAAAUGCAACUGGUUACCAGGUAUUUAUUUCAGUCACACUGGUUGAAUUUUUGGCUAAAAGGUUACUGAAUCGAUUUCAAGUCACUGAAUCGUUUCGGAUCGUAUCGUUCUAAAUGAACCAAUAUCGUCCUUGAAUCGUAUCGACAACCACGAAUCGUGAUACAAAUCGAAUCGUUGUUAAAACGAAUCGUUACACCCCUACUGUAUAUCCAAGUGAACUUUUAGCCUGAUACCGUCAUCAUGUUUCAAAUAAUUUCAGGCGCUUGAAGUUAGGAGUGUCCGAAUGGAAUCCGAAGAACUUUAAGAAAUGGGUCCUCUCUCACCCCGGACAGGUCGUUCUCACCGUGGUAAACCAAAAACCAUUGCAAUGCAUACAUUUAACAGGAAUAUGACCGUUCUCACCAUGUUAAGUUACCAUUGCAAGGAAUAGAUUUAACAGGAAUAUGACCGUUCUCACCAUGUUAAGUUACCAUUGCAAGGAAUAGAUUUAACAGGAAUAUGACCGUUCUCACCAUGUUAAGUUACCAUUGCAAGGAAUAGAUUUAACAGGAAUAUGACCGUUCUCACCAUGUUAAGUUACCAUUGCAAGGUUUAACAGGAAUAUGACCGUUCUCACCAUGUUAAGUUACCAUUGCAAGGUUUAACAGGAAUAUGACCGUUCUCACCAUGUUAAGUUACCAUUGCAAGGUUUAACAGGAAUAUGACCCUUCUCACCAUGUUACGUUACCAUUGCAAGGUUUAACAGGAAUAUGACCGUUCUCACCAUGUUAAGUUACCAUUGCAAGGUUUAACAGGAAUAUGACCGUUCUCACCAUGUUAAGUUACCAUUGCAAGGAAUAGAUUUAACAGGAAUAUGACCGUUCUCACCAUGUUAAGUUACCUUUGCAAGGUUUAACAGGAAUAUGACCGUUCUCACCAUGUUAAGUUACCAUUGCAAGGAAUAGAUUUAACAGGAAUAUGACCGUUCUCACCAUGUUAAGUUACCAUUGCAAGGUUUAACAGGAAUAUGACCGUUCUCACCAUGUUAAGUUACCAUUGCAAGGUUUAACAGGAAUAUGACCGUUCUCACCAUGUUAAAGUUACCAUUGCAAGGAAUAGAUUUAACAGGAAUAUGACCGUUCUCACCAUGUUAAGUUACCAUUGCAAGGAAUAGAUUGAACAGGAAUAUGACCGUUCUCACCAUGUUAAGUUACCAUUGCAAGGUUUAACAGGAAUAUGACCGUUCUCACCAUGUUAAGUUACCAUUGCAAGGUUUAACAGGAAUAUGACCGUUCUCACCAUGUUAAGUUACCAUUGCAAGGUUUAACAGGAAUAUGACCCUUCUCACCAUGUUAAGUUACCAUUGCAAGGUUUAACAGGAAUAUGACCGUUCUCACCAUGUUAAGUUACCAUUGCAAGGUUUAACAGGAAUAUGACCGUUCUCACCAUGUUAAGUUACCAUUGCAAGGAAUAGAUUUAACAGGAAUAUGACCGUUCUCACCAUGUUAAGUUACCUUUGCAAGGUUUAACAGGAAUAUGACCGUUCUCACCAUGUUAAGUUACCAUUGCAAGGAAUAGAUUUAACAGGAAUAUGACCGUUCUCACCAUGUUAAGUUACCAUUGCAAGGUUUAACAGGAAUAUGACCGUUCUCACCAUGUUAAGUUACCAUUGCAAGGUUUAACAGGAAUAUGACCGUUCUCACCAUCUUAAGUUACCAUUGCAAGGUUUAACAGGAAUAUGACCGUUCUCACCAUGUUAAGUUACCAUUGCAAGGUUUAACAGGAAUAUGACCGUUCUCACCAUGUUAAGUUACCAUUGCAAGGUUUAACAGGAAUAUGACCGUUCUCACCAUGUUAAGUUACCAUUGCAAGGAAUAGAUUUAACAGGAAUAUGACCGUUCUCACCAUGUUAAGUUACCUUUGCAAGGUUUAACAGGAAUAUGACCUGUUCUCACCAUGUUAAGUUACCAUUGCAAGGUUUAACAGGAAUAUGACCGUUCUCACCAUGUUAAGUUACCAUUGCAAGGUUUAACAGGAAUAUGACCGUUCUCACCAUGUUAAGUUACCAUUGCAAGGUUUAACAGGAAUAUGACGGGACCUAUUACUAUCCAUCUACACAAUGGAGAAACCCCAACAUGUGUUGAACAGUGUAGCAAGUUCCUCCGGCUCCGUUCACUAGGCUGAUGAAUGUAGAGUGGCUGUUAGCCAAGUAAUCUUAAGAUGUUGUGUCCAACAUGUGUCCAAACCUAGCAUCUGUUUGCCUGCCAACCAUGCGUAUUGCACAAACAUUUUGGCAUUUCUCCACCAUUGCUGUCAUUCCUAGUGCAAACUCAAAAAUAUGGCCGGUGACCGUUCCCCAUGUUGUACCAGCAGGUACAGAUAGGCCUGCUCUCACCUGUUAAGUACCAUUGCAUUCAGAAGACCGCUCACCAUGUGCCGUACCAUUGAGGACAAGGUCAACAGUUUGAUCAUGUCGUUCUCCCUAGUUUAUUUACAUUGAAGUUAGGCCAGUAACUAGUUCAACUUGUUACUCCAUUACCAGAAAACUCCUUUGUUGACCAACAUUUGCUAGGGUUCACUAGGAUUUGAGCAUGUUUAUUUCAAUUUUACAUGUUUCGAAUACUGUGUCAAAUUUAGUGUAGCUUCCAGCGCUGCACAAGACACUUGCAUGACACUAAGGUUGGUAGAAGCAACACAGACUCCAGUACAACAUUGUACCCUUUUCUGUCCACUUCCUGUCAUGGUUCUGUGGUUCAGGUGAGUCCACUGAGCAUGACAGCACCUCUUGUGUCACUGUCCUGCCCAGGCCUCCUAGUAGGCUACAGUCCUGGGACUGACUUCCCCUGGACAAGGGUCACAGCUUUGAUCAUAGUUGCUACUCCUAGUAUUGAUUUUCUUGAAAUACCUGGCCUUAUGUAGACUAGUUCCAAAUCUUUUUGUGUUGUCUAUGAUCAGAAUAACUCCUAUUGUUAGGCCAAACAUAUCUAGGAUCAGGCUAGGACUUCUGAGCAUGUUUUUUUCAAUUUUACUGAGUUUGAGAUGAUUGUUGAUAAUUUAGGUAAGCUUCAGAGCUGCACAAGACUUACUUACAUGAACAACUUAAUGUUGGCUAGUAAGCCAACCAAAACAGAUCUCCAGAUGAAACAUUUGUACUUUUUGUCACUUUUUUGUCAUUGGUUCUGUUGGUUUCAGGCAGCUCCAUUAUGACUGGCAUGACAGCACCUCUCUGUGUUACGUGGUCCAUGCCCAGGCCUCCUUCAUGUAUGGCUAUGAGUACCUGGGCUGUUCCCCUCGACUGGUCAUCACGCCGCUCACUGACCGAUGCUGGCUGACCCUCACCGGGGCCUUGAGCCUCCAUCUGGGGGGAGCGCCCGCCGGACCCUCUGGGACUGGCAAGACAGAGACGGUCAAGGACCUGGCCAAGGUAAGGACCUGUCACUGAAGUAGGAUAAAAACCUGGGAAGUAUUUUUCUUUAGUAAGUUAGUCGGUGUGGACCUGAAAAUGCCAGUAGUAGAAAAAGAGAAUGUCCACACUCUUGGGAAACCACCAUCACUGGCAUCCUUGUAGCUCUGUAUUCAAACUGAUACUGUAUUUACAGGAAGUAAAACCAUGUUGAUGUUGUUUUCCUCUGCAGGCGCUUGGAAAGUUCUGUUUAGUACUGAACUGUUUUGACAGUCUGGACUAUAAGGUAGCCAUGGACAUUUCUAUUCUCAUUAUAACUCUAUAGCUAUUGUACUUUUGAUGCAUUGAAAUAUGUUUGUUCUAGCUCAUUGCAUCAGUUGUAGAGACUGAAGAAGUGGAGUGGAAGUAUGUAUACAUUUUACUGUAUACUGUGAGUUAGUUGCACAAAUGUAGAAAUCAAUAAAGUAGUUGUGUAAUUUAUUUCAUGUCUCUGUGACAUUCCCUUACCAGAUGAUGGGGAAGCUGUACUCUGGCAUGGUGCAGUCUGGUUCCUGGUGUUGUUUUGAUGAGUUUAACUGUAUCAACGUGGAGGUGUUGUCAGUCAUCGCUGCUCAGCUUCAGUCCAUUAAGGCUGCCAUGCAUAGUCACAGUUUACGGUAUGCCUCUGGAACUUACUGUGUUCUUUAGACUGAUUUGUAUUUUUAUGGCUGGGAAGUUUUUCAUUUUACAUUGAUUUAACUGAACAGGUGAAUAGUUUAGUUUGAGCAGUCAAAUAUAUUUGAUAUUUACUCUGUUUUUACCAAAGGUUUGUGUUCGAGGGAAGAGAUAUACGACUGAACGCCUCAUGUGGAUUCUUCAUCACGAUGAAUCCAGGGUAACAUGAUCUGUCAUGUUUAGUUUAAGUUCAUACCCUUUUAAAAACAUUUUAUAACUGUUAAUAAUAUUUUAUAACCUGUUAUAACCUUUCGAAAACAUCGUAGCUAAUACCACAGAAUAGGAACUGUCACGGUUUCGGCCGAGGCUGCUCCUCCUCCUGGUUCGGGCAGGCUUCGGCGGUCGUCGUCCCCGGAGUACUAGCUGCUACCGAUCUAUGUUUCAUGUUCGUUUGGUUUGGUCUUAAUGUUGUACACCUGUGUCUAGUUAGUCCUCGUUAGUGUUCUAUUUAGUUCUCGUUGUGUGUGUCUGUGUUUGUGUGUGAUUGCGCCUCUGUUACGUGUUGGAGCUACAUUUUCCCUCCAGGGUUUGGAGUAGUUUCUUUGCACAUGUUUUGUGCGCAGUUUAUUUUGUCGCCUGUGUGCGCCUGGUAUUCGCCUUCAGGCUUAUUGUGCGUUUGCUUGUGUGAAUUUUGCACUAAAGCCUUUGAACUGAGCCUCUGCGUCCUGCGCCUGAUUCCUACACCACACCCACCUUCAGCACCUUAUGACAGAAUCACACACCCCAAUGGAAUCAGCAGGAUCGGCAGAGACGCCUGUGUCGCUCGAGGAGCAUAUCCGUGGACAAGAUGGCCAGAUUCGACAACUGGAGACCGCUCUACAGGAGGUAAUCUACACCUUGCACCGAUGGGAGGCCAGCCGGGUACCCACACCUCCACCUAUUCUGUCCACCCCAUCGGUCGGUCCACCAGUCCUAGGUUCGGAACCCAGGGGGAUUCGGUUCUCGCUCCCGAGGGCGUAUGACGGAACAGCUGCCGGGUGUCAGGGGUUCCUCCUGCAGGUGGAGCUCUACCUGGCCACUGUACACCCGGUGCCCUCGGGAUACGAGAGCGUUUCCGCCCUCAUCUCCUGUCUCACGGGCAAGGCGUUGGAGUGGGCUAACGCCGAGUGGAGGAGAAUGGACGCCAACACCGUGACCUACGCAGAGUUCUCCCGCCGCUUCAAGGCCGUGUUCGACCAUCCACCUGAGGGCAAAGCGGCGGGGGAGCGUCUAGUCCAGUUGAGACAGGGGAGGAGGAGCGCGCAGGCGUUCGCUCUUGAGUACCGGACUCUAGCGGCUGAUGCAGGGUGGAAUGAGCGGGCUCUCAUCGACCAUUUUCGAUGUAACCUACGAGAGGACGUUCAACGUGAGUUGGCCUGCAGGGAUACCCAUCUUACAUUCGACCAGUUGGUCGAUAUGUCCAUCCGUCUGGACACCCUGCUGGCCACCCGUGGACGUCCCGAGGGGAGUCCGUCCAUUCCGCUCUCCGGCCUCUCCGAGCCGAGCCCUAUGGAGCUCGGGGGUGCCGGCGCUAGAGAACGGAGUAGGAGGAGCCCGAGGGGGCCUGUCUCCUGCACCAAGUGCGGUCGUGGAGGGCACACUGCGGCCAGGUGCUGGGGAGGGUUCUCCGGGGGAGAAGACAACAGGCCACGCACUGGGGGGGCCUCCCAGGUGAGUAGACGUCCCACUUACCCAGAGCUUUCUGUUGCGCACUUUUGUAUACCUGUGUGUUUUCCACAGGUUGCACCUCAUUCCCAGCAUAAGGCGCUCGUAGAUUCAGGCGCAGCUGGGAAUUUUGUUGAUCGGAAGUUUUGUUUUGAGUUAGGGAUCCCUCUCCUACCUGUUCACAAACCUUUUCCCGUUCAUGCCUUAGAUAGCCGUCCGUUGGGGUCGGGGUUGAUCAGGGAGAUCACAGCGCCACUUCGGAUGUGUGCGCAGGGGGGUCAUGAGGAGACUAUACAGCUGUAUCUGAUCGACUCUCCUGCGUACCCAGUGGUGCUGGGGAUUCCUGGUUAAGCACCCACAACCCUGCUAUUUCGUGGCAACAGAGGGCUCUCGAUGGGUGGUCUGCUCAGUGCGAGGGGCGAUGUCUGGGUGUUUCUGUGGGGGCGACUUCGGUGGAGAGUCCAAACCAAGUGCCCGCACUGCACAUUCCGCCUGAAUAUGGGGAUUUAGCUCUCGUGUUUAGCAAAACUAGGGCGACGCAGUUGCCUCCUCAUAGACAGGGGGAUUGUGCGAUUGAUCUCCAGGCAGGAGCAGCGCUCCCACGGAGCCAUGUGUAUCCUUUGUCUCAAGAGGAGAGAAAAGCUAUGGAGACUUACAUAGCCGAAUCUUUGAGACAGGGAUACAUUCGGCCCUCCACUUCUCCCGCCUCCUCGAGUUUCUUUUUUGUGAAGAAGAAGGAUGGAGGGUUGCGCCCGUGCAUUGAUUACCGUGGUCUCAAUCAGAUUACUGUGAAAUACAGUUAUCCACUCCCUCUGAUUGCGACCAUGACGGAGUCAUUGCAUGGAGCGCGGUUUUUCACAAAACUGGAUCUCAGGAGCGCAUAUAACUUGGUGCGCAUUAGGGAGGGUGACGAAUGGAAGACAGCGUUUAGUACCACGUCAGGUCAUUUCGAAUAUCUCGUCAUGCCAUAUGGGUUGAUGAAUGCUCCAUCAGUCUUCCAAUCCUUCGUAGAUGAGAUUUUCCGGGAUAUGCAGGGACAAGGGGUGGUCGUGUACAUUGAUGACAUUCUGGUGUACUCGUCUACCCGAGCCGAGCAUAUAACCCUGGUGCGUCGUGUAUUGAGGAGGCUGUUGGAGCACGACUUAUAUGUCAAGGCAGAGAAAUGUCUGUUUUUCCAGGAGUCGGUCUCCUUUUUGGGUUAUCGGUUGUCCGCGUCAGGGGUGAGAAUGGAGGUGGAUCGUGUGUCCGCUGUGCGUAAUUGGCAAACCCCAACUACUGUAAAAGAGGUGCAGCAGUUUUUGGGCUUUGUGAAUUACUACCGGAGGUAUAUCCGGGGUUUUGGACAGGUGGCAGCUCCCAUCACGUCCCUUCUGAAGGGGGGUCCGGUGCGACUGCAGUGGUCAGCCGAUGCGGACAGGGCCUUUAGGAGACUGAAGGACCUGUUUACGUCGGCUCCGGUGCUGGCGCAUCCGGAUCCCGCAUUACCCUUUCAGGUUGAGGUAGACGCGUCUGAGGCUGGUAUAGGGGCCGUUCUCUCUCAACGGUCCGGCACGCCACCUAAACUCCGCCCCUGUGCUUUUUACUCUAAGAAGCUCAGCCCGGCGGAGCGUAACUAUGACGUUGGGGACAGGGAGCUGUUAGCUGUAGUUCAAGCCCUUAAGGUGUGGAGGCAUUGGCUUGAGGGGGCUCAACACCCUUUCCUCAUUUUGACUGACCAUCGGAACCUGGAGUACAUCCGGGCAGCGAGGAGACUGAACCCUCGCCAGGCUCGAUGGAGUAUGUUUCUCACCAGGUUCGUAUUUAAAAUCACGUACAUCCCUGGGUCCCAGAAUGGUAAGGCAGAUGCGCUGUCCCGGCGGUAUGACACGGAGGAGAGGUCCGUUGAGCCCACUCCCAUACUACCGGAGUCGUUCCUUGUGGCACCGGUGGUGUGGGAGGUCGAUUCCGAAAUCGAGCGAGCGUUGCGUACCGACCCCAGCCCUCCACAGUGUCCUGAGGGUCGGAAGUACGUUCCGCUCGAGAUUCGGGAUCGACUCAUUUACUGGGCUCACACGUCACCCUCCUCUGGACAUCCGGGUAUCGGCCGGACAGUGCAUUGCCUUAGCACUAAAUACUGGUGGCCCACUUUGGCUAGGGAUGUGAGGGUUUAUGUCUCCUCCUGCUCGGUGUGCGCCCAGUGUAAGGCGCCCCGACAUCUGCCCAGGGGUAGUUACAGCCCCUACCCGUUCCACAACGACCAUGGUCCCACCUCUCGGUGGAUUUUGUAACAGACCUUCCCCUCUCUCAGGGGAAUACCACCAUCCUGGUCGUUGUGGACCGUUUCUCUAAGGCCUGUCGUCUUCUCCCUAUGUCGGGUCUUCCUACUGCCCUACAAACUGCUGAGGCCCUAUUUACCCACGUCUUCCGGCAUUACGGGGUCCCCGAGGAUAUAGUGUCUGAUCGAGGCCCCCAGUUCACCUCCCGGGUGUGGAGAGCGUUUAUGGAGCGUUUGGGGGUCUCGGUUAGCCUUACCUCGGGGUACCACCCGGAGAGUAACGGGCAGGUAGAACGUGUCAACCAGGAUGUGGGUAGGUUUCGGAGGUCUUAUUGCCAGGACCGGCCUGAGGAGUGGGCGCGUUACAUUCCCUGGGCCGAGAUGGCCCAGAAUUCUCUCCGCCACUCCUCUACCAACCUAACCCCUUUCCAAUGUAUAUUAGGUUACCAGCCGGUUCUGGCACCGUGGCAGCAGAGCCAGAUCGAGGCGCCUGCGGUGGAUGAUUGGAUGAGGCGCUCGGAAGAGACGUGGAACGCUGCCCACGUCCACCUGCAGCGGGCCGUCCGUCGUCACAAGGCGAGCGCCGAUCUCCACCGCAGUGAGGGGCCGGUGUACGCACCCGGAGAUCGAGUCUGGCUCUCUACCAGAAACCUACCCCUCCGCCUGCCCUGCCGGAAACAUGGGUCGGCGGUUUGUGGGGCCCUUUAAAGUCCUGAGAAGAUUGAACGAGGUGUGUUAUAAGUUAUAUCUACCUGUUGAAUAUAAGAAUAUUAACCCCUCGUUCCAUGUGUCUCUUCUCAGGCCGGUGGUAGCUGGUCCACUCCAGGACAAUGAGAUAGGAGAGACUCCUCCGCCCCCAUUGGACAUCGAGGGGGCUCCGGCAUACACCGUUCGGUCCAUCUUGGACUCCAGACGCCGGAUGGGGGGUCUCCAGUAUCUCGUGGAGUGGGAGGGGUACGGCCCGGAGGAGCGGUGCUGGGUGCCGCGGAGGGACAUCCUAGACCCAUCUCUCCUGUCGGAGUUCCACCGGGACCAUCCCGCGCUCCCUGCUCCGCGUCCUCCUGGUCGUCCCCGAGGUCGUCCCCGGGGUCGGCGCACGGCUGGAGCCGCGCGUCAAGGGGGGGGGUACUGUCACGGUUUCGGCCGAGGCUGCUCCUCCUCCUGGUUCGGGCAGGCUUCGGCGGUCGUCGUCCCCGGAGUACUAGCUGCCACCGAUCUAUGUUUCAUGUUCGUUUGGUUUGGUCUUAAUGUUGUACACCUGUGUCUAGUUAGUCCUCGUUAGUGUUCUAUUUAGUUCUCGUUGUGUGUGUCUGUGUUUGUGUGUGAUUGCGCCUCUGUUACGUGUUGGAGCUACAUUUUCCCUCCAGUGUUUGGAGUAGUUUCUUUGCACAUGUUUUGUGCGCAGUUUAUUUUGUCGCCUGUGUGCGCCUGGUAUUCGCCUUCAGGCUUAUUGUGCGUUUGCUUGUGUGAAUUUUGCACUAAAGCCUUUGAACUGAGCCUCUGCGUCCUGCGCCUGAUUCCUACACCACACCCACCUUCAGCACCUUAUGACAGGAACGAAAACGGAUUCUUGACAGUUGACCUCUCUCUUUCAGUUGCAAAGGUCGAGUGGAUCUACCUGACAACCUAAAGUCCCUGUUCCGGCCUGUCUCUAUGAUGGUACCUGACUUUGACCUGAUUGCUGAGAUCAUGUUGUUCUCUGAGGGCUUCAAAUCAGCCAAAUCACUGUCCAGGAAGAUCGUCAACCUCUACCAGCUCGCCAGCAAGCAGCUGUCUCAGCAGGUUGGACUUACAUACAUAGCACCUUUUUUUUCUAAGAGUGUAUCUAGAACCUUAAAGGGUUCUUUGGCUGUCCCCAUAGGAGAAACCUUUGAAUAACUAUUUUUGGUUGCAGGUAGAACCCUUUUGGGUUCCAUGUAGAACCCUUUCUACAGAGGGUCUACCUGGAACAGUGAUGAGGUGGUGUUGAAGGAGUCAGGCGCAGGAGGGUAAAUCACAGAAUAACAGGCUUUAAUCCGCAAAAUACAGGUUUACGCAGAACUGCGUCAAACACACUCCAGGUCACAAAACAGGUGCACUGGAAAAUACAAGGCACACAGGAAAAUACUCCCGUCGAACAAAAUACACGAGCUCCACCGAGCUUCACUAACCUUCACAAUAAACAAUCACCCACAAGGACAAGGGGUCAGAGGGAACACGUAUACACAGACUAAUUAGGGGAUUAGAACCAGGUGUGUGUGAUAACGAGACAAGACAAUUGUGAUGAUGAUUCGGGCGGCAGUGGUUAGUACUCCAGUGACGACGAAUGCCGAAGACUGCCCGAACAAGGAGGGAUCGAGGAUAUCCCUCACCGGAACCCAGCACCGUUCCUCCGGACCGUACCCCUCCCACUCCACAAGGUACUGAAGGCACCCCACCCGAUGCCUCGAAUCCAGGAUGGCGUUAGGUUAGUAGAGGAGAGGUGGAGAGAGUUCUGGGCAUAUUCUGCCCAUGGCAAGAACACCGACCACUCCCCCGGCCGGUCCUGGCAGUAGGACCGCAGGAACCUACCCACAUCCUGAUUUACUCGUUCCACCUGCCCAUUUGACUCGGGGUGGAACCCAGAGGUCAGGCUGACCGAGACCCCCAGACGUUCCAUGAACGCCUUCCAAACCUUGGACGUGAACUGGGGACCUCGGUCGGACACAAUAUCCUCUGGCACCCCGUAGUGCCGGAAGACAUGAGUAAACAGGGCCUCCGCAGUCUGCAGGGCCGUGGGGAGACCGGGCAGAGAAAGGAGGUGGUAGGACUUGGAGAAGCGGUCCACAACGACCAGGAUGGUGGUGUUACCUUGGGAGAGGGGAAGAUCAGUCAGAAAAUCAAUACUAAGAUGAGACCAUGGUCGUUGUGGAACUGGUAAUGGUUGUAGCUUACCCGUUGGGAGGUGCUUAGGUGCCUUACUCUGGGCGCACACUGAGCAGGAGGAGACGUACACCCUCACGUCCUUAGCCAAGGUAGGCCACCAGUACUUUCCGCUCAAGCAGCACACUGUACGGCCGAUACCUGGGUGACAAGAGGAGGGUGACGUGUAUGCCCAGAAGAUCAGAUGAUCAUGGAUAAAUCAGAUACAUUUUAGUCAUUUAGCAGACGCUCUUAUCCAGAGCGACUUACAGUUAGUGAGUGCAUACAUCAUUAUUAUUAUUAUUAUUAUUUUUUUUUAUAUAUAUAUAUUUUUUUACUGGCCCCCCGUGGGAAAUGAACCCACAACCCUGCCGUUACAAACGCCAUGCUCAACCAACUGAGCUACAUCCCUGCCGGCCAUUCCCUCCCCUAUCCUGGACGACGCUGGGCCAAUUGUGCGCUGCCCCAUGGGUCUCCCGGUCACGGCCGGCUACGACAGAGCCUACCUCCACAUGGUCAAGGCUCGGACAACAGCCAACAGCCCCCGAUCACCAACGUCGUAGUUCUGCUCCGCCGGGCUGAGCUUCUUAGAGAAGAAGGCACAGGGGCGGAGCUUGGGUGGCGUACCCGAGCGUUGAGACAGGACAGCUCCUAUCCCAACCUCGGACGCAUCCACCUCCACUACGAAUGGUAGUGAUGAAUCUGGGUGGGCCAGUACUGGGGCUGAGGUGAACAGACCCCGCAGUUUGCUGAAGGCCAGGUCAGCCUCAGCAGACCAGCGGAGCCGGGACGGCCCACGCUUCAACAGGGAGGUAAUGGGAGCUGCGACCUUGCCAAAGCCCCGGGUAAACCUCUGAUAGUAGUUGGCAAAGCCAAGGAAGCGCUGCACCUCCUUAACCGUGGUUGGAGUUGGCCAAUUACGCACGGCUGAAAUGCGAUCUCCCUCCAUCUCCACACCUGAGGUGGAAAUGCGGUAUCCAAGGAAGGAGUCGGACUGCUGGAAAAACAUACACUUCUCUGCCUUAGCAUAAAGGUAAUUUUCCAACAGUCGGGCCAGCACCUUGCGAACCAGGGACACAUGCUCGGCGCGCGUAGAGGAAUACACCAGGAUGUCAUCGAUGUAGACCACUACACCGCGACCAAGCAUGUCCCGAAACACCUCGUUCACAAAGGACUGGAAAACUGAGGGAGCAUUCAUCAAACCAUAGGGCAUCACCAGGUAUUCAUAAUGCCCCGUGGUUGUGCUGAAUGCUGUCUUCCACUCAUCUCCCUCUCGGAUACGCACCAGGUUGUACGCACCCUGAGAUCUAAUUUGGUGAAGAACCGCGCCCCAUGCAUUGAUUCAAUCACCGAAGGAAUGAGGGGGAGAGGAUAACUAAAUCUUAUCGUCUCCCUGUUCAGUGGUCGAUAAUCAAUGCAUGGGCGCAGACCUCCGUCCUUCUUCUUCACAAAGAAGAAACUCGAGGAGGUGGGUGAAGUGGAGGGACGUGUAUAUACCCCUGGCGCAGGGACUCAGUGACAUAUGUUUCCAUAGCCACCGUUUCAGCCUGUGACAGGGGGUAUAUAUGUCUCCUGGGAGGUACAGCGUCUACCCUGAGGUUUAUCGCGCAAUCCCCCACCCGAUGAGGUGGUAAUUUAGUCGCCUGCGUUUUAGAGAACGCUUGCGCCAGAUCGAGGUAUUCAGGGGGAAUGCAUCUAGACACCUACCCUGACACUCUCGCGACCACCCCGUGAGAGCCCUCUGCGGCCAUGAGAAGGUGGGGUUGUGGAGUGCUAGCCAAGGGAUACCUAAUACCACAGGGAAAGCAGAUUCGAUAAUCGAAAAAAUUACCUGCUCAAAAUGAGUCUCCUGGGUUGAUGUCUUAUGUCCUCCAUUUUGUCUUUGUGUUUUUUUCCCUUCCUUUUGUGGUUCUACUGUACUCUAGGACCAUUAUGAUUUUGGAAUGAGAGCCAUAAAGUCAGUGCUAGUUCUCGCUGGUCAGAAGAGAAGAUUUGCAGUGCUGUCGUAAGUAUUAAAGAAACAAGAAUCCUCUGCAUUCUUGAGGCCAAAAGGCAUUCCCUUGAAUUGGUACAACCAAAAGGCUGUGUCACUGGUCACUACCAUAUUCUCUUUGCUUCUCUCAUUCAUCUCAACUUGCCAGUAACCAUACUGGAGUUGUUGUUGUUGUUGUGAAAACGUUGUGAGUAAAGGCGGUGUGAUAUUCCAGGUGUGGCCUGACCCCAGAGGAGGAAUGCUGCGUUCUGAUCUGUGCUUUACAAGACUCUAACUUACCCAAGCUGGUUCCUGAGGACGUUCCUCUGUUUAAAAGCAUCAUGGAGGAUCUCUUUCCUGGCAUCGUCAAUCCCAAAACGAUCCAUCCUAAACUAGAGGUAAUUCCUUGUCACGUGUACACACACACAGUCCGGUGUAGUUGGUGGUUGUUCUGGUAAAGUAAAUGGAACUUGGUUAGAUCACCUGGCUGCAUGUAGUUUUGGUUGGACUUGACAAUAAUUUUGUUGUGGUAUAAAUUAAUGUAAUAUACUUGUAUCUUCUCUCUAGAUUGCCAUAGCGAAGGCUACAGAGAUGCUUGGAUUUCAACAAUGGCCAAAUCAAGCAGAGAAGGUUACACAGCUGUAUAGCCAGAUUCUGGUCAGUAUUUGGUUUCUUAAACAUCCUGGGUCCAUACUUUCAAACUCUUGCUUAAGCCUCAGAUGUAAACCUUCUGGAACAAAAAAUGCUAGGUGUUAGCUUUUCCCAUUGGAAAACAUGUCAGAAUUAGCCGCCUAGCUACCACAAGUUACUUGUAUUUCCGGGAACAAAUAACGAAUCAACCAAUGACUUCUGUUAAGGACUCUUUCAUGAAAAAGUGUUAAAUCACGUCCAACUACGUCUUCUUCUUUAGUUGGCUGAAGCAGUAUUUGUUAACGGAAAUAAUAAUGCGGGUCAGCUAGUGGCUAAGUGUGACACGUUUUCCGAUGGGAAAAGCUAACACCUAGCAUUUUUAUUCCAUAAGGACUACACCUGAGGUUUAAGCAAGAGUUUUUAAGUAUGGACCCCACAAAUAUGACCUGUUGAUAUUGUGAUUACAAUACAAUAUCAUUCAACUUAAAUGUUGAUGUUGCAGGCUCGAGGAGGGGUGAUGUUGAUUGCUCCUACAGGAGGAGGGAAGACAACAGUGAGACUCAUCCUGCAGCACGCUCUACACCUGCUGCCCUCUCUGUCUGAAGUCCACAGGAGGACCAGCGUCUUUAUGCAGGUACUGCACAUCUCUUUAGACACUUCAGAUCGUUUACUGAAAAGAUAACAUCUGUUGUUACGCACUCCUCUCGGAAGAGGGAACGCAACCCCCUGCUACAACUCAACUCUCCGUGGUGUGAAAGAGGUAUGGAACUGUAGGUGUGAGUAAGGAUGACAAAAGGCAGAGAAUACCGUUAACAGUGAAUUUAUUCCUUCGCACGGUAAGUUUGGGGAAAAAGGGCUGGACGGAACCAAAGCAAAGAAAGUAAAUAUCAAAGCCCCCUCUCCUACCUUACCUGCCUACCCACUACUUACUUAACUAGCACCACCUGGUGCACUAACCAAAAUACAAGGGAUGGUCCGCCCAGGUCUUUCCUAGUGUGCAUAGACAGUCAACUUCUACGGGUAAUGUAUGCCCGCGGGGCCUCUUGCCUAAGCACUCCCUAGGUGCCUUCCCCUUCCCCCCUUGGGAACAAAUAAAACAGAAUAACACAAACUGGUUCACAACAAAACCUGAGAAAAAAACUAACUCAGGACAUUAAAGAAACUCUCUGAGCAACAAACUAACACAAAACAUUACAAUCAGCUCUCACAGCAACAACUACACAGUACAUAACAAAUGUCUUAGCAACAACUACACAGUACAUACCAAAUGUCUUAGCAACAACCAACAUGCUAUAACUUUCAGCCAUUAGCCAUCUCUCUCAUCUCUGCCCCCCCCCCCCUUCUGAGCAACAGAACUGGGGCUUAUAUAGCUUCAGAAGGAGUUGGUAAUUGGAGACAGCUGCGUCCUGACGAGGGCGCGGGGUCAGCUCUCCAAUCAUCAAUGUUCAUUGACCAAUCAGCUGCUUGUUGGGGAAUUUCAGGAACCCAUUUCCUGAAAUACAUACAUUUACAUUUACGUCAUUUAGCAGACGCUCUUAUCCAGAGCGACUUACAAAUUGGUGCAUUCAUCUUAUAGCCAGUGGGAUAACCACUUUACAAUGUUAUUUUUUUUUGGGGGGGGGGGUAGAAGGAUUACUUUAUCCUAUCCCAGGUAUUCCUUAAAGAGGUGGGGUUUCAAAUGUCUCCGGAAGGUGGUGAGUGACUCCGCUGUCCUGGCGUCGUGAGGGAGCUUGUUCCACCAUUGGGGUGCCAGAGCAGCGAACAGUUUUGACUGGGCUGAGCGGGAACUAUGCUUCCGCAGAGGAAGGGGAGCCAGCAGGCCAGAGGUGGAUGAACGCAAUGCCCUCGUUUGGGUGUAGGGACUGAUCAGUACCUGAAGGUACGGAGGUGCCGUUCCCCAGCUCCAUAGGCAAGCACCAUGGUCUUGUAACAGAUGCAAGCUUCAACUGGAAGCCAGUGGAGUGUGCGGAGGAGCGGGGUGACGUGAGAAGGUUGGGAAGGUUGAACACCAGACGGGCUGCGGCAUUCUGGAUGAGUUGUAGGGGUUUAAUGGCACAGGCAGGGAGCCCAGCCAACAGCGAGUUGCAGUAAUCCAGACGGGAGAUGACAAGUGCCUGGAUUAGGACCUGUGCCGCUUCCUGUGUAAGGCAGGGUCGUACUCUCCGAAUGUUGUAGAGCAUGAACCUACAGGAUCGGGUCACCGCCUUGAUGUUAGCGGAGAACGACAGGGUGUUGUCCAGGGUCACGCCAAGACUCUUCGCACUCUGGGAGGAGGACACAACGGAGUUGUCAACCGUGAUGGCGAGAUCAUGGAACGGGCAGUCCUUCCCCGGGAGGAAGAGCAGCUCCGUCUUGCCAAGGUUCAGCUUGAGGUGGUGAUCCGUCAUCCAUACUGAUAUGUCUGCCAGACAUGCAGAGAUGCGAUUCGCCACCUGGUUAUCAGAAGGGGGAAAGGAGAAGAUUAGUUGUGUAUCGUCAGCGUAGCAAUGAUAGGAGAGGCCAUGUGAGGAUAUGACAGAGCCAAGUGACUUGGUGUAUAGCGAGAAUAGGAGAGGGCCUAGAACUGAGCCCUGGGGGACACCAGUGGUGAGAGCACGUGGUGCGGAGACAGCUUCUCGCCACGCCACUUGGUAGGAGCGACCGGUCAGGUAGGACGCAAUCCAAGAGUGAGCCGCGCCGGAGAUGCCCAGCUCGGAGAGGGUGGAGAGGAGGAUCUGAUGGUUCACAGUAUCAAAGGCAGCAGACAGGUCUAGAAGGACAAGAGCAGAGGAGAGAGAGUUAGCUUUAGCAGUGCGGAGAGCCUCCGUGACACAGAGAAGAGCAGUCUCAGUUGAAUGACCAGUCUUGAAACCUGACUGGUUUGGAUCAAGAAGGUCAUUCUGAGAGAGAUAGCAAGAGAGUUGGCUGAAGACGGCACGCUCAAUAGUUUUGGAAAGAAAAGAAAGAAGGGAUACUGGUCUGUAGUUGUUGACAUCAGAGGGAUCGAGUGUUGGUUUUUUGAGAAGGGGUGCAACUCUCGCUCUCUUGAAGACGGAAGGGACAUAGCCAGCGGUCAAGGAUGAGUUGAUCAGCGAGGUGAGGUGGGGGAGAAGGUCACCGGAGAUGGUCUGGAGAAGAGAGGAGGGGAUAGGGUCAAGCGGGCAGUUUGUUGGGCGGCCUGCAGUCACAAGUCGCAAGAUUUUAUCUGGAGAGAAAGGGGAGAAUGAAGUCAAAGCAUAGGGUAGGGCAGUGUGAGCAGGACCAGCAGUGUCAUUUGACUUAACAAACGAGGAUCAGAUGUCGUCAACCUUCUUUUCAAAGUGGUUGACGAAGUUAUAUUGGAUUCAGCAGGGAGGAGAAUGUGGCAAAGAGCUUCCUAGGGUUAGAGGCAGAUGCUUGGAAUUUAGAGUGGUAGAAAGUGGCCUUAGUAGCAGAAACAGAUGAAUAAAAUGUAGAGAGGAGGGAGUGAAAAGAUGCCAGGUCCGCAGUGAGUCUAGUUUUCUUCCAUUUCCGCUCAGCUGCCCGGAGCUCUGUUCUGUGAGCUCGCAAUGAGUCAUCAAGCCAUGGAGCUGGAGGGGAGGACCGAGCCGGCCCGGGAGGAUAGGGGACAUAGAGAGUCAAAGGAUGCAGAAAGGGAGGAGAGGAGGGUUGAGGAGGCAGAAUCAGGAGAUUGGAGGGAGAAGGAUUGAGCAGAGGGAAGAGAUGAUAGGAUGGAAGAGGAGAGAGUAGCGGGAGAGAGAGAGCGAAGGUUGCGGCGGUGCAUUACCAUCUGUGUAGGGGCAGAGUGAGUAGUGUUGGAGGAGAGCGAGAGAGAAAAGGAAACAAAGUAGUGGCCGGAGACAUGGAGGGGAGUUGCAGUGAGAUUAGUAGAAGAACAGCAUCUAGUAAAGAUGAGGUCAAGCGUAUUGCCUGCCUUGUGAGUAGGGGGGGACGGUGAGAGGGUGAGGUCAAAAGAGGAGAGGAGUGGAAAGAAGGAGGCAGAGAGAAAUGAGUCAAAUGUAGACGUAGGGAGGUUGAAAUCCCCCAGAACUGUGAGGGGUGAGCCAUCCUCAGGAAAGGAACUUGUCAAGCUCAUUGAUGAACUCUCCAAGGGAACCUGGAGGGCGAUAGAUGACAAGGAUAUUAAGCUUAAAUGGGCUAGUGACUGUGACAGCAUGGAAUUCAAAUGAGGAGAUAGACAGAUGGGUUAGGGGAAAAAUUUAGAAUGUCCACUUGGGAGAGAUGAGGAUUCCUGUGCCACCACCCCGCUGACCAGAUGCUCUCGGGGUAUGCGAGAACACAUGGUCAGACGAGGAGAGAGCAGUAGGAGUAGCAGUGUUUUCAGUGGUAAUCCAUGUUUCCGUCAGCGCCAAGAAGUCGAGGGACUGGAGGGUAGCAUAGGCUGGGAUGAACUCUGCCUUGUUGGCAGCAGAACGGCAGUUCCAGAGGCUGCCUGAGACCUGGAACUCCAGGUGGGUGGUGCGUGCAGGGACCACCAGGUUAGAGAGGCAGCAGCCACGCGGUGUGAGGCGUUUGUGUAGCCUGUGCGGAGAGGAGAGAACAGGGAUAGGCAGAGGCAUAGUUGACAGGCUGCAGCAAAUGGCUACAAUAAUGCAGAGGAGAUCGGAAUGAAAUGAACUAAACAUCUGGGAAAGGAGAGAGCUCACCACAACUCCCAAAUAUAACUCUCCCAACUUCCACCUCAGAAACUAUAAUUGUUUCACUGAAACACCUGAAUAUAACUCUCCCAACUUCCACUUUAGAAAUUAUAAUUGUUGGAAACUACAGCGGUUCAAUGUUUCUAGGAAUAGACUCUAACUUACUUUAUUCAGCUAGCUAACUUGGUACAGUAUUCUUCCAUGAAAACCGCCCAGGGCACCGUAUCCUAUGACGCCAUAGCUAACUAGCAUGCUAGCAUCCAAUAACACACGGUUUAGCACCAAUACAUGGUUACAACAAACUACCAAUAGUGUGUUAACACACUAAACAGAUAAUUCGUGUCCGUGUCUAGUUCCUUUCAUAACGCAGCAAUAAUUAAACGUUGGCUAGCUAGCACAAAGUCAGUCAUGCUAGCUACACAAGUGGACUACACAUCUCGAAUGUUCAGAAAGGGAAGCUUUAUGUUGCAAAAUUCUCAUUGACUAAAAUUAUAUUGUAUUUAGCUGCUACAGUACUGCUAGCUGGUAGUGUUGGCUAGCUAGCAAUGGCUGUGGUGUUGACUUUGUUUGAAAAACGGCAUCGCUGCGAACGAAUGUAGCUGGCUAAAAUUAUAUUGUAUUUAGUUGCUACAGUACUGCUAGCUGGUAGUGUUGGCUAGCUAGCAAUGGCUGCUGUGUUGACUUUGUUUGAAAAACGGCGUCGCUGCGAACGAAUGUAGCUGGCUAAAAUUAUAUUGUAUUUAGUUGCUACAGUACUGCUAGCUGGUAGCGUUGGCUAGCUAGCAAUGGCUGCGGUGUUGACUUUGUUUGAAAAACGGCGUCGCUGCGAACGAAUGUAGCUGGCUAAAAGGAUAUUGUAUUUAGUUGCUACAGUACUGCUAGCUGGUAGUGUUGGCUAGCUAGCAAUGGCUGCGGUGUUGACUUUGUUUGAAAAACGGCGUCGCUGCGAACGAAUAACCUCGAUAGUUUCUCUAUACUACACCUUUAUCUUUGAUACAAAUACAACUAUGUAGCUAGCUAACAUUACACUAAUCAAAUCGUUCCAUUGUAAUGUAAUGUGUCAUAUUACCUGCGGAGCGAAGUACAGCAUGACUACUCACCUCGCCUGCCGCUCACAUGAAAAUACACAAACCACAACACAGAAACUGGGGAACGGAACAUUUGUCAGUGAAUGUUUUUAAGUGUGUUUGAACAUGCCACGGCAGCUCAACUGGUGUAGAUUUGAUUCCUUUCAGAAUGGAAGUGUUAGAGAGUAUGUUUGUGUGUGUUGUUUAAAGCUGCAAUGUGUAACUUUUUGGGUGACCCGACCAAAUUCACAUAGAAAUGUGAGUUAUAGAUCUGUCAUUCUCAUUGAAAGCAAGUCUAAGAAGAGGUAGAUCUGUUCUAUGAGCUUUAUUUCUAUGCUUCCCGUUCUUAAGUUUUGUUUUUGGUAUUGUACACCAGCUUCAAACAGUUAAAAAUACAAUAUUUUUGGUUAUUGAAAUAUAUUUCACAGCGGUUCAGAUGGUACAAUGAUUAUCUACACUAUACAUUUUUUGUUUUGUCACAUAAACUGAAAUUAUUAGAAUUUUAGCAACCAGGAAAUGGCGUAGCGAUUUCUGCAUAUAGCACCUUUAAAAAUAGGUUAUGCCUUUAUUGAAUAGCCUGGUCCCAAAUAUGUUUGUGCUGUCUUGCCAACCCCUGUAAUUGAUUGCUGUGCUUCUUUCAUUUGUUUGAUGUGUCUCUUAACUUCCGUUGGGUAGUUGGCACCGAGCUCAGAGGUCCAUGUGGAAAGCUUCACCAUCAACCCCAAGUGUGUGAGCUUUGGAGAGUUGUACGGCCAGAUAGACCCCAACACUCUGGAGUGGUCAGAUGGCCUGUUCGCCUCUGCAGUCAGAACCUACGCUAAACAACUCUUCAAACAAGAGAACAAGACUUCCAAAGACAGCGAGAGGAGGAACACCUCCUCUUCAGUGAGUGCUAAUUGCAUUUACAUUUUAGUAGUUUAGAAGAUGCUCUUAUCCAGACUAAACUACCUUUCAGUUGGGCAUUCAACUGAAAUAGGUAAAACAACGAUCACAGUCCUUGCAAAUAAAAUCUCAAAAUAGCCGGCAUCUUUAAAAUCAUUGCUAGGAAGAGUUAAGCACCAUUUGUUUUAAUUGCUAUUCAUUGUUCAUAAUCAUUCAUUCCAAGGAUGCUGUCAUUUACGCUGGUAACAUUGGCCACACAUGCUCUCUGUCUUCCCUUUCAGGAUGUUUCGAGUGAUUCCACUACACCCUCACCUCCCAACAGUUAUCAGCGUAUGUCUUAAUGAACUCUGCUUGUGUUUAUCACACCCAACAGUUAUCAGCGUAUGUCUUAAUGAACUCUGCUUGUGUUUAUCACACCCAACAGUUAUCAGCGUAUGUCUUAAUGAACUCUGCUUGUGUUUAUCACACAGUAUAGUAUCACACAACAUUUGACCAUGUUAUCAUUCAGAAAUAUAUAUAUAUUUUAAAUGUCUCUUUCUUAUUUCUUAGAUAACUCCAUGGUUGACAACUGGCGUUGGCUCAUAAUGGACGGCCCAGUGGAUAUCCUGUGGGUCGAGAACCUGAACACUGUGUUGGACGACAACAAGACACUGUGCCUGGCGAACGGAGAGAGGAUCAGCCUGCCAGAUGGCAUCAGGUUCCUGUUUGAAGUGGAUACUCUCAGCCAGGCCACCCCUGCUACCAUCAGCCGCUGUGCCAUGGUCUACAUGGUACUGUGUCAAGAUGCAUUAUGUUCAACCAAACCUACUCUUCAGAAUGGUUCCCCGGACUCAGAUGAAUUCUCGUCCUGGAGAAUCUCCAUUGCAAGUGUCCUCCGGUCCAAGAUUAGGCCUAAUCUGUGUCUGGGAAACUGGACCCCAAUCUGUUAUAGGUUUUCAUCUAAUGUACUAACUACAGUAGUUUGUUAUACUAAGUUAGAAUAUUUUGAGUAUAUAAACUAUUUUUUUCGCCACUACAGGAUCCAGUCGACCUGGGCUGGAAGCCGUACGUGAGGCGCUGGCUGUCCCAGCUGCCCAGACAGCUGAGCAGAGAGGGAAGGAUCCACAUCCAGCAGCUCUUUGACAACAGCAUCACCCAGGGGUUGAACUUUGUCAAGAAGCACCAGAAGCUGCUCAACAUCCAGAUCCCAGAGAUGUCCACAGUUUCUUCUUCUUCUUCUUCUUCUUCUUCUUCUUCUUCUUCUUCUUCUUCUUCUUCUUCUUCUUCUUCUUCUUCUUCUUCUUCUUCUUCUUCUUCUUCUUCUUCUUCUUCUUCUUCUUCUUCUUCUUCUUCUUCUUCUUCUUUCUUCUUCUUCUUCUUCUUCUUCUUCUCUGUCUGUCCGUGUGGAUGUUGUAUUGUUUCUUAUGUAGACUUUCAAUAACUUUGAUCUAAUUUUCAUUCUGUGGUGUCACAGGACUAAAUCUUGAGACAUUGUCAGAGGAAGACAUUGGGAAGACCUCUGCAGACAUUGAGUCCACGGGAAAAGGGUAAGUGUAAAUUAAAUCUAUUGCUGUUUGUAGUUACUAUAUUAUCUUGGUUCAGCUUUGGUAAAGUUACUAUAUAUUUCCAAUCUGUCGUAGGGAGGAUAACAAGUGGUUUCUACAGAAAAAACCAGAAAAACUCACGAUUCUUCUUGGGAAGCUGUUUGUCUUUUCAUACGCCUGGGCAGUGGGAGGAGUCCUAAACCAUCUAGAUGACUAUGAAGAUUCCCCACUUACUACUAAAGACAAAAGCUGUCACCUCGUCAAUGUUGCACACGCAUUCAAAAACCUGAUCCACGAGUUGUUUGAAGGCGCGCCUUGCGGUAUGUGAAUAUAAUAAUGAAUAAUGUCCAGGGACUACAGAGCUAUCUAGCUAAAUCUGGUGCAGUGACAUGUUGUACAUGGUCCCUGACGAAUUAAAAAAUAAAUAAUGCUAUAGUGUCCAUUAUAUUUUCUAUUUUGUCUCUGAAUAUUUCAGGUGUGUCUUUACCGGCGGGGAAUCGUAUGAUCUUCAACUACUUUGUGGAUCUACAGACAGGUGCCUUCGUUUCCUGGGAUGAGUUGGUUCCUAGCACCGAGAGUCUCAUACGUAAAGGUCUGCUCACACCUUUACCUUCCCUGGAGUGCAUCAAGCAUUCAUACAUGCACUUUUCAAUCGUACAGUUCAAGAGUGUUACAAUGAGUUUCAAGUUUAUUUUCCAUAUGUCAUUUCACUGGAAAUCAUAAUCACCAAAGCUCUCACAUUGAAACAACAGCUUUCAAAACAAAAGCAUUAAAACAACAGCAUUAAAGGCUAGGGACUGUGUUUGUACAGUAUACGUUCAUUUCCUCAGGACUGAACACAUCCUCAGGUUCUGAAUCGUUGCAGUUGGGAGGAGUCCUGGGAGAGUCUAACACAACAUAUACCACCAGCUUUCUGAGAUCAGGCCCCAUCUGCAGCAAUGACACUGUCCGCUACUCAUUUCUAAUGAGCCUUCUGCUGCUCAACAAACAACCAGUACUUCUCACAGGUGAUUCAGUCAAGAUUUCACUCUGUAUUAUAUAAGACUAUAGGAUCACCCCCCCCACCACCCCCCCCAAAUACAUGCCUGUUGCUUACUAAUCAUAUUCUUGACAGAUUUUGUUUUUGUCUUUAACCAACUUGUUUUUCAUUAAAGAGAUUUAACAGGUCUCAUAUGAAGUUUAAAUGGACUAUUAGGGGAUUCUGGAGUUAAUGAGGUUUGUUUAGACUAUUAGGGGAUUCUGGAGUUAAUGAGGUUUGUUUAGACUAUUAGGGGAUUCUGGAGUUAGUGAGGUUUGUAUUGACUGUUAGGGGAUUCUGGAAUUAAUGAGGUUUGUAUUGACUGUUAGGGGAUUCUGGAAUUAAUGAGGUUUGUAUUGACUGUUAGGGGAUUCUGGAGUUCAUGAGGUUUGUAUUGACUGUUAGGGGAUUCUGGAAUUAAUGAGGUUUGUAUUGACUGUUAGGGGAUUCUGGAGUUAAUGAGGUUUGUUUUGACUAUUAGGGUAUUCUGGAGUUAGUGAGGUUUGUAUUGACUGUUAGGAGAUUCUGGAGUUAAUGAGGUUUGUAUUGAUUUAGGGGAUUCUUGAGUUAAUGAGGUUUGUUUUGACUAUUAGGGUAUUCUGGAGUUAAUGAGGUUUGUAUUGACUUAGGGGAUUCUUGAGUUAAUGAGGUUUGUUUUGACUAUUAGGGGAUUCUGGAGUUAAUGAGGUUUGUUUUGACUAUUAGGGUAUUCUGGAGUUAAUGAGGUUUGUAUUGACUGUUAGGAGAUUCUGGAGUUAAUGAGGUUUGUAUUGACUUAGGGGAUUCUUGAGUUAAUGAGGUUUGUUUUGACUAUUAGGGUAUUCUGGAGUUAGUGAGGUUUGUAUUGACUGUUAGGGGAUUCUGGAGUUAAUGAGGUUUGUAUUGACUGUUAGAGGAUUCUGGAGUUAAUGAGGUUUGUAUUGACUGUUAGGAGAUUCUGGAGUUAAUGAGGUUUGUAUUGACUGUUUGGGGAUUCUGGAGUUAAUGAGGCUUGUAUUGACUGUUAGGGGAUUCUGGAGUUAAAGAGGUUUGUAUUGACUGUUAGGGGAUUCUGGAGUUAAUGAGGUUUGUAUUGACUGUUAGGGGAUUCUGGAGUUAAUGAUGUUUGUAUUGACUGUUAGGGGAUUCUGGAGUUGGAAAAACAAUUCUCAUCCAAAGCAUUCUAAAGAAACUACAGAAAGACGGAGGAGAAAUGGUGAAACAAGGGACUAUACUGGGACAAGUCUUUCUACACAACCAAGCCAAGACAGCCAGGUAAAGCUAGCGUAAAACAUGAUUCUCUAUUUUUGAUCUUGUAAAAAGUAUGUUGAGAAAGACAGUGAGCUACAGUAUUAUUGUGUAAGAAAGGCCCAGAGAGGCUGAGAGACUGAUGCGAACCAGCAACCUAAUGUACUGUAUCUUUUCUCCAGCUUGUUGGAGGAUGUUAACUUGCUGACAGCUGUCUUUGGGGGAGAUGUAGAUAAGUCUACAGGCGGUGAUUCAUUAAGUAAGGUUAAGACAAAGUACAGUACAAUAAGUCAGGACUAUCUAGUAGUCAUUAGUAGUAGUGAGCUUAACUAGUGAGUAGUACUAGUGAAUAGUCUUAGUAGUCUGACUAUAAUCCAACCCUUUGCCUGAAAAAACACUUAAUCUUUUAAUCUGAACAAUUUACUGUUGCCCUAAUAAUUAAAACCAUAAAUAUUGAUACCUAAUUUCUGAGAAAUUGGCUAAAAAGUAGGUAUUUCCCAGGUGGCUUGUUGAGCAGCAUGCCGUUUGGAGUGUUGAGCGGGAUGCGUAGUUCCAGCCACACCUCAGAAUCCUCAGGAAUCCUGACCUGUACCCUCCAGUGCACCGCUCAUACAAGCACUGCCUACAUACAGGCACACGUGUUACAAAACCUCGUCAAGAAAGGCAAAAAUAACCUUGGUGCACCCAAAAAUAAGUCGGUGAGCAAAAUGCCAUUACAUAAACAUGUCUGAUAAUCAACAUUUUAAGUACUCUAAAUGAUUCAAAAGAUGGAUGCAGAAUCAGCUUGGAUGUUGUAUGUUUCUCUCCUCAAGUCUUGGUGUUUGUAGAUGAUUUGAAUAUGCCAACACUUGAUAGUUAUGGCGCCCAGCCUUCCAUGGAGUUGAUUCGCCAGUUCAUCGAGCUCCAGGGAGUAUUUGAUGCCAAGACUCUCACCUGGAAGGUACAAUACAUUAGCCAUGGUGUUAUUAGAGUUCAUGUCUACCAUUUCCCUGUAAUGCGUGAUGCAAAUGGAGUUUGUCUGAGUUCUGGAGAGGCUUAUUUUCUUCCUUGUUUGACAUCAGCCGUGAUGAAUCGGCUAUUGUACACUAACCAUGAUGAAUAGGCCUAGUCUGUACACAUAAUCAUGAUGAAUAGGCCUAGUCUGUACACAUAACCGUGAUGAAUAGGCUAGUCGUCACUAACCGUGAUGAAAGGCCUAGUUGUUACACGAACGGAUGAAUCGGCCAGUCUGUCACAUAACCGGAUGAAUGGCUAGUCUGUACACAUACCGGUGAGUGAAUAGGCCUAGUCUGUACCACAUAACGUGAUGAUAGCCGUCUGACCAUAACCGUGAUGAAUAGGCCUAGUCUGUACACAUAACUGUGAUGAAUAGGCCUAGUCUGUACACAUAACCGUGAUGAAUAGGCCUAGUCUGUACACAUAACCGUGAUGAAUAGGCGUAGUCUGUACACAUAACCAUGUUCUUGUGCUCUCUAUGACUUGUAUGCCAGUGUGUUAGCUCCAGGACCCCCCAAAUGUAUUAUUAUUGAAUUUCUUUACCCCCUUUUUCUCCCCAAUUUCGUGGUAUCCAAUUGCUAUCAAUUCUUGUCUCAUCGCUGCAGCUCCCCAACGGGCUCGGGAGAGGCGAAGGUCGAGUCAUGCGUCCUCUGAAUCAUGACCCGCCAAGCCGCACUGCUUCUUAACACCCGCUUGCUUAACCCGCCGCACCAAUGUGUUCGAGGAAACACUGUUCAACUGACUACUGAAGUCAGCUUGCAGGCGCCCGGCCCGCCACAAGGAGUCACUAGAGCGCGAUGAGCCAAGGAAAGCCCCCCGGCCAAACCCUCCCCUAACCCGGACGACGCUGGGCCAAUUUGCGCCGCCCUAUUGGACUCCCGGUCAUGGCCGGCUGUGACGCCUCAAAACUGUGAUACAGUGCCUUAGACCGCUGCGCCACUCGGGAGGCCCCAGGUCUCGCUUAAUAAUGAAUAUAUACUGUAACAAUGAUUUUUAAAUAUCUGUUUCUACAGGGCAUCCAGGAUGUGACUCUGUGUGCGGCCUGUGCCCCUCUGGGUGGGGGCCGUCAGAACCUCAGCCCCCGUCUUCUCAGACACUUCUCUGUUCUGGUGCUGCCACACCCCUCUAGCAACACCAUGCAACACAUCUUCCAGGUCAUUGCCCCUCAGUCUUUAGUGGAUUAGCUGCAGUACAUGCUAUAGUAGUCAUAUGGGUCUCUGGACUGUGGAGACAGUCAAGUGGCAGUGGUGUUGCUAUGUAAUAUCAAAUUAGGGGAGGUCUUGUACCUGAAACCAAUGCUUUCUGUCUGCCAUAUCAACCAGGUCCAACUCGGGAAGUUCUUUGGUAUCAGAGAUUUCUCCAAGGAGGUGCGUAAAUGCAGAGAGGCCUUGGUUUCCGCCUCCAUCACUGUCUACAAUGAGAUGUGUCAACGUAUGAUGCCCACUCCAGCCAAAUACCACUACACAUUUAACCUUAGAGACCUGUCCAAGGUAAGACACACACAUUCUCUUUGGUUUCUCUUCUUUACUGUCUUUUAUUAUUGUGUGUGUUUAAGAUCGUCUACAUUACAGUCAGAUGGAGAAUCACUGAUCUACAAGUCACCUUGCACCGCACAUAACUACUCAUUAUGUGAUCAAGAUGAGUGAUUCUGCACCUCCCCUUACUCAUUAAACACAGUGAUUAGAUUAGGUACGGAGAGAGGUGCUUGACUAGCUGAUAUGCAUUUGUAUUCCCUCUAUAGGUGAUUCAGGGCCUGAUGCAGGCCAGCGACUCUGAGCUGAACUCAGAGGAGGCUGCAGCCUACCUGUUUUCCCACGAGACCUCCAGGGUCUUCCACGACCGCCUGGUCAAUGAGCAGGACAGAGAACUGUUCUAUCAGAUACUGUCCAACGAGCUGCACUGUUAUUUCAAGGUACUGGUAGCCUAUGUGUCCAGAGAGGUCUCACAUGUACACAGUAACUCAACUGCUGAAAUGUAUACCGUAGACAUACUUCAGCUCAUUCAGAAUGAGUACUUUUUUAUUCUACUGUAAUCCAUUUCUGCCAAGCGUAUGUACGUUUUGAUUCCUGUGUUACAUGUUUUUAUAUUAUUUAGUUUUUACAUUUAGCAGACACUCCUAUCCAGAGCGACUUUCAAAGUUAGUGCAUUCUUCAGAUAGAUAGGUGGGACAACCAAAUACAUAUGUUUAUUAGGUACCAUCUAGUACCGGGUCGGACCCCUCUUUGCCUCAAGAACAGCCUGAAUUCUUCAGUGCAUGGAAACGUUGCUUAAUUAGUAUCAAGGGUGUGUCAGGAAAACAUUCCCCACACCAGUACACCACCGCCACCAGCCUGUACCGUUGACACCAGGCAGGAUGGGUCCAUGGUCUCAUGCUGCUUACGCCAAAUCCUGACCCUGCCAUCAGCAUGAUGCAACAGGAACUGGGAUUCGUCGGACCAGGCAAUGUUUUUCCACUCCUCUAUAGUCCAGUGUUGGUGAUCGUGUGCCUUCUUGUUUUUAGCUGAUAGUAGUGAAACCCGGUGUGGUAAUCUGCUGCAAUAGCCCAUCCGUGACAAGGACUGACAAAUUGUGCUUUCCAAGAUGCCGUUUUGCACACCACUGUUGUACUGCGCCGUUAUUUGUCUGUUUGUGGCCUCCCUGUUAGCUUGCAUGAUUCAUCCCAUUCUCCUUCGACCUCUCUCAUCAAUUAGCUGUUUUCGCCCACAGGACUGCUGCUGACUGGAUGUUUUUUGUUUGUCGCACCAUUCUCGGUAAACCCUAGACACUGUCAUGCGUGGAAAGCCCAGGAUGCCGGCAGUUUCUGAGAUACUGGAACCGGCGCGUCUGGCACCGACGAUCAUAUCACGCUCAAAGUCGCUUAGUUCACUCGUUUUGCCCAUUCUAAUGUUCAAUUGAAUAAUAACUGAAUGCCUCAAUGCCUGUCUGCCUGCUUUAUAUAGCAUGCCACGGUCACAUGACUCACUGUCUGUAGGAGCGAUCCAUUUACGUGAACGGGGUUGUGUACCUAAUAAACUGGCCACUGAGUGUAUAAUGACUUUACAGUGACUUUUUCUUGUAACUUGUUUGUGCGUGACUGUUAAGGUGUCCUGGCUACCGGAGGAACUGAUGAGAGAACCCAUUGUUUGUGCAUGACUGUUAAGGUGUCCUGGCUACCGGAGGAACUGAUGAGAGAACCCAUUGUUUGUGCAUGACUGUUAAGGUGUCCUGGCUACCGGAGGAACUGAUGAGAGAACCCAUUGUUUGUGCAUGACUGUUAAGGUGUCCUGGCUACCGGAGGAACUGAUGAGAGAACCCAUUGUUUGUGCAUGACUGUUAAGGUGUCCUGGCUACCGGAAGAAUUGAUGAGAGAACCCAUUGUUUGUGCAUGACUGUUAAGGUGUCCUGGCUACCGGAGGAACUGAUGAGAGAACCCAUUGUUUGUGCAUGACUGUUAAGGUGUCCUGGCUACCGGAGGAACUGAUGAGAGAACCCAUAGCAUUCGGAGACUUCCUGGAUAUGAGCAUCCCGACUGCUUCUAGGAUCUAUAAGCACCUGCCAGAGUUUAAGAAGAUACAGGCUGUACUGGAGGAGUGUCACGGUAGACAUGGAAGAAAAGCCUCCCAGGUACAGUUCACCUUAGCCACACUGAACAUUGCUUUACAGUACAGUAAGCUACCAAUGUGCAAUCUCGAUAAGAGUAAUGUAUUGUGUAAAUCUGAUGCGUGUGCGUGUGUGCGUGCGUGCAUGUGUGUGUGUGUGUGUGUGUGUGUGUGGUGUGUGUGUGUGUGUGUGUGUGUGCGUGUAGUUCCCCAUGGUGUUUUUCAGGGAGGCAGUGGAACACAUCACUAGAGCCGCCAGGGUUUUCAGAUUGAAGGGAGCACACAUGAUGCUGGUACCUGUCCUGUACACACCUUUCAGACCUCUGCCCUCUGAUGUCACUGAGACACUUUGCCUGUGUGCUCUCUUUUAGAGUGGGCCGUUCACACCAAGGACGAUAACUAUAACGAUAAAUGAUAAAUUACUGUAAACGUUGGCGAGCAUCCACACCAGCGGACCGUUUAUCAUUCUGCAGUACACCGGUCAAUCAACUGAUCAACGUAUCCUGUGGCAGCUGUAGGCCCAGUAAUAAGAUGGUAACACAGAUCGUUCAGUGCUUCAGGGUGUGUUCAUUGUCACAGUGACAACUGCAAAUAAUACUUCAAUGUACAUGUAAUUAAUGUGGCCAACAGUACGCCCAUACAUGCCCAGUUAUUCAGGCAAGCUUACCAUGCCCUCUGCCUUCUCUCCCCUCUGAGCAGCCUCGUGCACCUACAGCCAAGAACGCUUCAAUAGAACCUGUUUUUGAUUGGUUGUCAAUGUUUUAUCGUCGGAGGGAAAAGGAAAAUGGCUCUGAAAGGGAUCCAAACGAUAGCUCUCGUUGCCAUUCUCCACUCUAGUAGUUAUCGUUGUAGCGUGGACUCUCCUGUUCACUUGAAUUAGAACUGUUUUCAUUUUAACAAUUUAACAAUACUAUACUAACUGAACGAUAAACCAUAUAGCUCAAUAAUAUGUUGUUCAGGUUCCCAAUUGGCUACUGCACCUUCCUGCUAUUUGAUUGAUUGAUAAAUUGAUUGGUUAGUGAUAAUGACUGACCCCUUUGCUCCCUCUGUGUAGAUUGGACUGGAUGGCACAGGGAAGGAGGAGUGUGUGACUCUGGCCUGUCAUGUGUCUGGGAGCCAUCUCUACAGGCUGUCUGUCUGCCGGAACUGCAGCUACUCAGACUUCAGAGAUGACCUGAAAAGGGUGUUCAGACAGGCCGGGAUCCACCGUAAAAACACCGUGCUGCUCAUCACUGACUCGGACAUCGUCAAGGUCAGGAAGAUUAGCUAGCCUGGUUCAGAUGUGCUAUUAUUAGCUAGCCUGGUCCAUAUCUGUUCCGUACUGUCGUUAGCUAGCCUGGUCCCUAGAUUAGUAUCGUUAGUAAAAGUAGUCCAUUCCAUUGAUCACCUGUGACAUAUUUUCUAUUUUUUUGUUCAAAGGAGUCAGUCCUUGAGGAUCUGAACUGCAUUCUGAAAUGUGGAGAUGUCCCUGGCCUGUUUGACAACGAUGAGAUUGAUUCAAUCACUGUGGAUCUCAAGUCAACCAUGGAGAGCUCUAUGGGUGAAAAUAGAGAGGAGAUGUACUCUUAUUUCAUAGAGGUACAGUACGGUAGAAUUUACACGGUAGAUUUGUUGAUUUAGGUCAUGGUUUAAGAAGAAGCAUUUGACCCCAUGUAGGCCACGAUGCAGACCAUGAAGUCUUAACAACUUUUCUUGGUUUGCAAGCAACUUCUUCUUCUUCUUCUUCUUUAGCAAGUUCAGCAGAGACUACACAUCGUCCUGGCCCUGAGCCCUGCUGGGAUGCGUCUGAGACAGUUCUGUUGGGCUCACCCGGCCCUGCUCUCCUGCUGUAACAUAGACUGGUACAGCGAGUGGUCUAGAGAGGCUCUGCUUCAGGUAGCCAGCAGCACCUACAUCAACUCUGACGACUUUGACUGGCUCGGACAGGUACAGUAGUUCCCCAUUCACCAGAUAAUAAUGAGAUUAGCUCUAUUUGUAUGUGUACUACAAUUCAACUUCUAUGUGUACAUGAAAUGUACAUGAAAUAAACCCAAAACAAAAGAAGGUUAAUUUUACAUAUUGAAUGAGGAUUAGGUCCAGAAUCUGGAACACCAGUUGUCUACCUUUCAGGUCCUGCAGAACAAGGUAGCCAGAGUGUGUGUGGAUAUUCACUACAGCUCAACCCAGAUGGCAGCUCAGUACUUGCAGGAGAUGAGAAGGCCCUACUACAUUGUGCCCAGCACCUUCAUCGAGUACAUAGACACCUUCACCAAGAUGUGUCGUUCAGAGGGUUCUAAGCUCCAUAAUGUCAGGUAAAGGCUGGAGGUUGAUUUAUUGAUUGAUUGAUUUGUUGGUUGUGACUGGAAAUUAUGUUUGCUGAGUGGAGAGUAAUAUUAAAUAUACUGUAUAUUGCCUGUUUUUUCCCACAGAGAUCGCUUUAGUAAUGGACUGUCUAUAUUAUCUGAGGCAACAUCUCUAGUCACUGUCAUGCAAGAGGAACUGCUAGCUCUGGGUCCACAGAUAGAGGAGAAGUCAAAGGUAAAUAACAGAAGAUUGAAUAUCAAGAUAGGGUGUUCAGAUUUUGAGAGACAGAGACAGAGACAGAGACAGAGAGACUGAUUGAUUGUGUUUUGGACAGGAAAUAGAGAUCUUGAUGGAAAAACUAAAAGAGGAUUCUCAAGCCGUGGAACAAGUCCGAGCCAUAGUCAAAAUGGAAGAAGAGAUGAUGAUGCAAGAAACACAGAUUGUUCAUGAAUAUGCAGAGGUGAGGUGAACAUAAAUAUAUUUUGUGAGAGUACUACAUACACAUACCCUUUGAUAAAUGUGGUCUCUGUUGACUGUUGACUGUGAGUAACAUUUUGUUUAUGUAAAUAAUGUGUUCCCAUUGCGUGUUGUAAAACUGUAGGAUGCCACGGCAUAUUUGAAUAAAGUUUUACCUCUGCUGGAGAAAGCAGUUUCAGCUUUAGAUGCUCUGGAAAAGAGCGACAUUUCAGAAAUAAGGCAAGUGAACAAAAACAUGCUUAAUUCUUCACCUAAGCAUGCCUUUAGUUUUCAAGGGGUGGGGGUGGGGGGGGUUACAAUAUUGUUGUCAAAUAUACCUGAUCAAAACAUUUUCCAAGUAGAAUUAAUGAUUUCAGGCAACGAAUCAAUAUGCCACACUGUCAAUAUCUACAGUGGCUUGCGAAAGGAUUCAUCCCCCAUGGCAUUUUUCCUAUUUUGCCUUACAACCUGGAAUUAAAAUAGAUUUGGGGGGGGUUUGUGUCAUUUGAUUUACACAACAUGCCUACCACUUUGAAGAUGCAAAAUAUUUUAUUGUGAAACAAACAAGAAAUAAGACAAAAAAACUGAAAACUUGAACGUGCAUAACUAUUCACCCCCCCAAAGUCAAUACUUUGUAGAGCCACCUUUUGCAGCAAUUACAGCUGCAAGUCUCUUGGGGUAUGUCUCUAUAAGCUUGGCACAUCUAGCCACUGGGAUUUUUGCCCAUUCUUCAAGGCAAAACUGCUCCAGCUCCUUCAAGUUGGAUGGGUUCCGCUGGUGUACAGCAAUCUUUAAGUCAUACCACAGAUUCUCAAUUGGAUUGAGGUCUGGGCUUUGACUAGGCCAUUCCAAGUCAUUUAAAUGUUUCCCUUUAAACCACUUGAGUGUUGCUCUAGCAGUAUACUUAGGGUCAUUGUCCUGCUGGAAGGUGAACCUCCGUCCCAGUCUCAAAUCUCUGGAAGACUGAAACAGGUUUCCCUCAAGAAUUUCCCUGUAUAUAGCACCAUCCAUCAUUCCUUCAAUUCUGACCAGUUUCCCAGUCCCUGCCGAUGAAAAGCAUUCCCACAGCAUGAUGCUGCCACCACCAUACUUCACUGUGGGGAUGGUGUUCUCGGCGUGAUGAGAGGUGUUGGGUUUGCGCCAGAUAUAGCGUUUUCCUUGAUGGCCAAAAAGCUUAAUUUUAGUUUCAUCUGACCAGAGUACCUUCUUCCAUAUGUUUGGGGAGUCUCCCACAUGGCUUUUGGCGAACACCAAACGUGUUUGCUUAUUUUUUUCUUUAAGCAAUGGCUUUUUUCUGGCCACUCUUCCGUAAAGGCCAGCUCUGUGGAGUGUACGGCUUAAAGUGGUCCUUUGGACAGAUACUCCAUUCUCCGCUGUGGAGCUUUGCAGCUCCUUCAGGGUUAUCAUUUACAUUACAUUUACAUUUACGUAAUUUAGCAGACGCUCUUAUCCAGAGCGUUAUCUUUGGUCUCUUUGUUACCUCUCUGAUUAAUGCCCUCCUUGCCUGGUCCGUGGGUUUUGGUGGGCGGCCCUCUCCUGACAGUUUUGUUGUGCCAUAUUCUUUCCAUUUUUUAAUAAUGGAUUUAAUGGUGCUCCGUGGGAUGUUAAAAGUUUCUGAUAUUUUUUUAUAACCCAACCCUGAUCUGUACUUAUCCACAACUUUGUCCCUGACCUGUUUGGAGAGCUCCUUGGUCCUCAUGGUGCUGCUUGCUUGGUGGUGUCCCUUGCUUAGUGGUGUUGCAGACUCUGGGGCCUUUCAGAACAGGUGUAUAUAUACUGAGAUCAUGUGACAGAUCAUGUGACACUUAGAUUGCACACAGGUGGACUUUAAUUAACUAAUUAUGUGACAUGAUCUCAUAUAUAUAUACAGGUAAUUGGUUGCGCCAGAUCUUAUUUAGGGGCUUCAUAGCAAAGGGGGCGAAUCCAUUUGCACGCACCAUUUUCCAAUAUUGAUUUUUUGAUUUUUUAUUAACAAGUUAUUUUUUUCAUUUCACUUCACCAAUUUGGACUAUUUUAUGUAUGUCCAUUACAUGAAAUCCAAAUAAAAAUCAAUUUAAAUGACAGGUUGUAAUGCAACAAAAUAAGAAAAACGCCAAGGGGGAUGAAUAGUUUUGCAAGGCACUGUAAUACUGAAUUAAUUAUCAGUUGAAUGUAUUGAUGCAGAUCUCCUGUUCAUUCUUUUUAUCCAGAGUGUAUACCAACCCUCCAGACCUGGUUAUGACAGUAAUGCAUGCAGUCUGCAUCCUGCUACAGCAGAAACCUAACUGGACCACAGCUAAACAGCUGCUAGGAGACCCUGGCUUCCUCAAGAGACUGGUCAGCCUGGACAAAGACAGCCUGCCAGAGAAGGUACAGUAUUUAGGCCCCAAUCAUACCUUGAGAUCUGCAUGUGUUUGUGCUUAUCUUCUAGCUGUAUGUUGUCUUGUUUAUUAUACUUGUCUAUAACCAUCCGGUGGUCCUGUGUGGCUCAUUCGGUACAGCAUGGCGCUUGCAACACCGAGGGUUGUGUGUUCGAUUCCCGCCAGGGAAAAUGUAUGCACAGAUCACUGUAGGUCGUUUUGGAUAAAUGCGUCUGGUAAAUGGCAUAUAUUAUAUUAUGAUACUAUGUUUGAAUUGCUGUAGGUGUUUCUGAAGUUGAGGAGGUAUUCUGAGUGUCCUGACUUCAACCCUGCCAAGGUGGGCAUGGUGUCUAUAGCCUGUCGUUCUCUAUGCCUCUGGGUACUGGCUUUGGAGUACUACCAUAAUGUCUACAAGGUACCGUUUUACUGUUGUAGACCUUUAGUUCUCCAGAAGGAAAUAUUACAUUAUUGUUAUUUAUGUAUGCAACAGUGUUAUAUUGAUGUCCUAUUUUCCCCAGAUAAUUGAGCCCAAACAGAAAAAAGUAAACGUGGCUCAAGAAGCAUUGGUAAAAGCAGAAUCUAAUCUGAUAAAAAAGCAGAAAAGACUAUCGAAGGUAAGAUAUUUACUGUUAGGCAAUACUUAAUUCACACAAAUGACAAGGGCUCGUUUCUCCGUUCUGUUUAUGCUUCAUCAGUUAAUUGAUUGAUUGAUUAAUUGGUUGAUGAUUCAAUGUUCUGUGCCGUCUGUUUAGAUCGAGGAGCAUCAGAAAGCUUUGGAGGACCUCUAUAAUGCCAGUGUGUCUGGGAGACAGGAGCUGGGGAGACGUAAAGAGCUGACCACAAACAGAGUGCAGAGAGCUGCUUCACUCAUAUCAGCCCUGUCUAAUGAAAAGGUCCCACAAACAGAGUGCAGAGAGCUGCUUCACUCAUAUCAGCCCUGUCUAAUGAAAAGGUCCCACAAACAGAGUGCAGAGAGCUGCUUCACUCAUAUCAGCCCUGUCUAAUGAAAAGGUCCCACAAACAGAGUGCAGAGAGCUGCUUCACUCAUAUCAGCCCUGUCUAAUGAAAAGGUCCCACAAACAGACUGCAGAGAGCUGCUUCACUCAUAUCAGCCCUGUCUAAUGAAAAGGUCCCACAAACAGAGUGCAGAGAGCUGCUUCACUCAUAUCAGCCCUGUCUAAUGAAAAGGUCCCACAAACAGAGUGCAGAGAGCUGCUUCACUCAUAUCAGCCCUGUCUAAUGAAAAGGUCCCACAAACAGAGUGCAGAGAGCUGCUUCACUCAUAUCAGCCCUGUCUAAUGAAAAGGUCCCACAAACAGAGUGCAGAGAGCUGCUUCACUCAUAUCAGCCCUGUCUAAUGAAAAGGUCCCACAAACAGAGUGCAGAGAGCUGCUUCACUCAUAUCAGCCCUGUCUAAUGAAAAGGUCCCAACAAACAUUUUAUAUACAGUAGUAAAAUAUUGAUGAAUUUCAUAAAGCCAGACCGUUAUGGGACUUUGCGAGUCAAAAUACACCGAUUCCGAUAUUUCUGCCGAUACGAUGAAAAGUUCACUGUUGUCCUUACAAAUUGAGCUCUGAAAGAGAUGCAGCCCUACAAUGAUACUUUGAAUGCUGAUUUCUUACAUGUAUGCAUUUUCUAAAUCAUUUGUAUCCCUUAUUCUCCCCAAUUUGUCUCAUUGCUGCAACUCCCCAACAUGACCCGCCAAGCCGCACUUCUUAACACCCACUCGUUUAACACGGAAGCCAGCUGCACCAAUGUGUCGGAGGAAACACCGUUCAACUGACGACCGAAGUCAGCCUGCAGGCACCCGGCCCGCCACAAGGGGCCGCUAGAGCGCAAUGAGCCAAGUAAAGCCACCAUAUGGGACUUCCGGUCACAGUCGGUUGUGACACUUAGACCGCUACGCCACUCGGGAGGCCACAUGUAUGCUUUCUGUUGAUUUGACCUGCCUGUUUCCCUGUGUAUGUCUGUGUGUAUCUCUGUGUAUCAGGAUCGCUGGGAGAAAGCAGUGUGUGACCUGGACAACAAGCUGCAGCACAUAGUGGGUGACGUCAUGGUUUCCUCAGCGUUCAUCACGUACUGUGGACCUCUGACGGCUGACUACCGUAAAGCCAUGGUGAAGAAGUGGCUGGACUUCUGCCACAACAUGGAGAUCCCUGUCUCUCCUCAGUACACCUUCAUCUCAGCCAUGACUGAGAAGAACCAGGUAAUGUGGUCAUUUAGCAGGCAUUUUUAAUCCAAAGCAAUAUAGAAAACUGUCAGCAUUGAGAGACAGUGACACAUAAAUGCACUGAUCAACGCUCAGUGGUGCAAGUCAUCCCUUAACGUUAGUCUCAUUUAAUUCAGAGCUAUAGCUCCGCACAAUAGUGGAUUCAAAGCGUUCUGGGGCAAUAUCCGGCUCGAAGGAUCAUACUGCUCAAUCUCAUGUGAAUGUUCACAGAAUAUUUCUUAGAUGUACAAACAACAACACACACAUUUUGUUUUAGCAUGUAUUGCCAUAAUGCCGCAGAUGUAACUAUUUUCUCAUCAUUUUAAUGAUAUCGGGAAAUCUUAUCUCCCUCAGGUGAGACACUGGCAGAACACAGGCCUGCCACCAGAUCAGAACUCCACAGAGAAUGCUGUGAUCGUGAAGAAUGGUCCCCACUGGCCCCUGCUGAUCGACCCCCAGGGCCAGGCCACCAGGUGGAUCUGCUCUAUGGAGGGGGUCAGGCUCAGGAAGAUGUUGGCCUCAGACCCCAACUAUAUGAAGACAGUAGAGAGGGCCAUUCGCAUGGGGGACGCUGUCCUUAUUCAGGUACUUGCUUAGGCUACUUAAACCCUUUUGCUCUUUAGGGAGCAUUUGACAGAUUUCCUCCAGCGGCCUCUGUGUUGAUCUCUUAUUCAGGUAUUGCCUGAUAAAAUAUACAAUAUAGAAUAUACAAAUUUGAUUGAUUUUAAUUCUACAACUUAGAAUCAAAGAUUGUGAUUCCCAACAGUAACCAGGUUUCCAGCCAACCUUUUCAUCCGAGUAAAGUACAUGUGAAUGGAAAUAGCAAAUUUGUCUGUAAACUUUCCAAAUAUCGACUAAACAAAAUACGCUAGACAAAGUGGAAACGCUUUUAUGCUCAAAUAUUGAUAUAAUAACCAUCAUAUCGAAGUAAACUUGGAGUCACGCGAUGACAUGUUGUGUGGUCCUCCCACUACGACUCGGGAAACCAUGCAGUUUAUUAGACUACAGAUGAAAUAAGUUACGAUGAACUUCACAGGAUGGUGAACGUUCACGGUGAUAAGCUUGCUCGUUUCCAAUAAAUAUCCAGGGUCUUAUUCUGAUCGAUGCUUGGCUGCCAUUUGACAAAUAAAAAUAAUCUCGCUAUUUUGUCCAUAAUAAUUUAAUCAUGUAGGCCUUUCAAACUCAACCCUAGACCUGGAAGCCAGUUCCACUGAGUGUUUUCAUUAUUGCCCUCUAAUCAGGGACUGAUUUAGACCUGGGACACCAGGUGGGUGAAAUUAAUUAUCAGGUAGAGCAGAAAACCAGCAGGCUCCGGACCUCGUAGGGUAAGAGUUGAAUACCCCUGAUGUAGGCUAUACCCACAUUGCAUCUGCGAACUGUUGUAGAGUGCGUGUGCCAAAACCAGAGUGGGCACAUUCUCUAUAUAACGCAACAGUUUUUGUGACAAAAUCAUCAGUAGAGUUGAAAAUGUGAUGGAUACCCAUUUAACCAUUUUUAUUGGGUACACAGGAAUUUAACCACAAAAUGUAUUUUUAUGUGCACUACGUCAUCACGCACAGCCUUUUAUCUGCAACAAGUCCGUUUGAUGGAAACAUCUCUGGUGGGAAAAUGCGGAUUGUUUUUAUGCAGAUUUGUGAAUAUUCGCAUGAAAAUCUAUCGCCAAUUGGAUGGAAACCUAGCUAGUGGUUUGCUUAAAUGAGACUGAUGUAAUAAAUGAGAUCAAGAUGGAUUUUUAGUAUGUCCUUAAUGCUAUUGAUCCUCCCCUUUGACCAUUCUUCUGUUUUCAGGAUGUUCUUGAGAACAUAGAUCCCUGUCUUCAGCCAAUCCUGAUCAAGAACCUUACAAUACGUGAGGGUCAAUCAUUCAUCAAAAUUGGAGACACUGAAAUUGAGUACAAUCCCAACUUUAGGUACAUUAAAUUGAGCCCUUAUUUUCUUAAAAUUACCAUGCAUAAAAAAAAAUCUACAUUUUCAUAUUUGAAGCAAUAGCAAUAGGUCUUAUAAGUUGUCACAACUCCUCUCCUCCUCAUCUCCUCCCUUCUCCUCCUCCUCUCUUCUCUUUCUCACUGAAGGCUCUACCUGGCAACCUGUCUGCCCAACCCCCACUUCCUCCCGGCGGUGUGUAUCCUGGUGAAGCUGAUCAACUUCUCGGUAGAGUACGAGUGUCUGCAGGAGCAGCUGCUGUCCAGCGUGGUGUCUCUGCAGCAGCCGGAACUAGAACUGCAACACAACCAGCUCCUCCACACUAUUACUGCUGACCUGUUCAGCCUCCACGAGCUGGAGAACAGAUCCCUGCUGCUGCUACAGGACACCCAGGGUGAGGGAGGGAGGGAGGGAGGAGGAUGGAUGGAUUUUGUGCCGUUCUUCCUAUCCCUAAAUGUAACGUGAAAAUCUUGAUCAAGAUCGACUGUUGGCUUUGCUUCUAGCUUCUCUUUCACUAUUGUUUUUACCAAGAGGAUGAAGAGAGGAAAGAGUUGACCACAUUCUCUCCCUUCACAUAAAAUGUGACAUAUUAAAACACAAAUACUUUGUCUUGCUUCAGGACACAUAUUGGACGACCAGGACCUUGUUGAUAACUUGAAAAAGUCCAAAGUCACCUCCAACGAGAUCUCCGUGCGGGUUGAGACGGCUAAGGACAAGGAGAAGGAGAUCGACGAGGUCCGCAAGAAGUACCUCCCUAUCGCUAACCGGGGGGGCAGACCUGUACUUUGUCCUGGCCGACCUCACCCAGAUCAACUACAUGUACCAGUUCUCCCUGGACUGGUUCAAUGACAUGUAUGUGAAAGCUUUGCAGGUGGCUACAGAGGGCCAGGAGUGGCCCACCCUGGACGUGUCCAUGCCCGUGACGGGCACCCUGCGCCCGGCUGGAGCUAAAAGUCUGAGGAGGGCUGUGGUGGUGCCUGGGACAUGUGCUCCCAACAUGGGGGACUUUAACAUUCGUCUUCUCAAGAUGAUGAACGCCAUCACUGAGAGUAUAUACAAGGUAACAGUAUUGAGAGUAACACAAUCAUGGACAGGUAACAUGCUAUUUUUUUUCGGGGUUUUACACAUCUUAAGUGGAGCUUGACUGAGUUUUUCUAUUUACACUACCGGUGAAAAGUUUUAGAACACCUACUCAUUCAAGGGUUUUUCUUUAUUUUUACUAUUUUCUACAUUGUAGAAUGAUAGUGAAGAUGUCAAAACUAUGCAAUAACACAUAUGUACUCAUGUAGUAAUCAAAAAAGUGUUAAACAAAUCAAAAUAUAUUUUAUAUUUGAGAUUCUUCAAAUAGCCACCCUUUGCCUUGAUGACAGCUUUGCACACUCUUGGCAUUCUCUCAACCAGCUUCACCUGGAAUUAUUUUCCAACAGUCUUGAAGGAGUUCCCACGUAUGCUGAGCACUUGUUGGCUGCUUUUCCUUCACUCUGCGGUCCGACUCAUCCCAAACCAUCUCAAUUGGGUUGAGGUCGGGGAUUGUGGAGGCCAGGUCAUCUGAUGCAAUACUUCAUCACUUUCCUUCUUGGUAAAAUAGCCCUUACACAGCCUGGAGGGUCAUUUUCCUGUUGAAAAACAAAUGAUAGUCCCACUAAGCCCAAACCAGAUGGGAUGGCGUAUCGCUGCAGAAUGCUGUGGUAGCCAUUCUGGUUAAAUGUGCCUUGAAUUCUAAAUAAAUCACAGACAGUGUCACCAGCAAAGCACCCCCACACCAUAACACCUCCUCCUCCAUGCUUUACGGUGGGAAAUAUACAUGCGGAGAUCAUCCGUUCACCCACACCGCGUCUCACAAAGACACGGCAGUUGGAACCACAAAUCUCCAAUUUGUACUCCAGACCAAAGGACAAAUUUCCACCGGUCUAAUGUCCGCUGCUCGUGUUUCUUGGCCCAAGCAAGUCUCUUUUUAUUAUUUUUAUUUUUAUUUAUUUAACCUUUAUUUAACUAGGCAAGUCAGUUAAGAACAAAUUCUUAUUUACAAAAACGGCCUACACCGGCCAAACCCGGACGACAUGGGGCCAAUUGUGCUCCGCCCUAUGGGACUCCCAAUCACGGCCGGUUGUGAUACAGCCUGGAAUCAAACCAGGGUGUCUGUAGUGACGCCUCAAGCACUGAGAUGCAGUGCCUUAGACCGCUGCACCACUCUGUCUAUUGGUGUCCUUUAGUAGUGGUUUCUUUCCAGCAAUUCGACCAUGAAGGCCUGAUUCACACAGUCUCCUCUGAACAGUUGAUGUUGAGAUGUGUUUGUUACUUGAACUCUGUGAAGCAUUUAUUUGGGCUGCAAUUUCUGAGGCUGGUAACUCUAAUGAACUUAUCCUCUGCAGCAGAGGUAACUCUGGGUGUUCCAUUCCUGUGGCGGUCCUCAUGAGAGCCAGUUUCAUCAUAGCGCUUGAUGGUUUUUGCGACUGAACUUGAAGAAACUUUCAAAGUUCUUGAAAUGUUCCGUAUUGACUGACCUUCAUGUCUUAAAGUAAUGAUGGACUGUUUCUCUUUGCUUAUUUGAGCUGUUCUUGCCAUAAUAUGGACUUGGUCUUUUACCAAAUAGGGCUAUCGUCUGUGUACCCCCCCCCCCCCCCCCCCCCCCCCCCCCACCUUGUCACAACACAACUGAUUGGCUCAAACGCAUUAAGAAGGAAAGAAAUUCCACAAAUUAACUUUUAAGAAGGCACACCUGUUAAUUGAAAUGCAUCCCAGCUGAUUACCUCAUGAAGCUGGUUGAGAGAAUGCCAAGAGGGUGCAAAGCUGUCAUCAAGGCAAAGGGUGGCUAUUUGAAGCUUUUUUGGUUACAUGAUUCCAUAUGUGUUAUUGCAUAGUUUUGAUGUCUUCACUAUUAUUCUACAAUGUAGAAAAUAAUAAAAAAUAAAGAAAAACCCUUGAAUGAGUAGGUGUUCUAAAACUUUUCACCGGUAGUGUAGUUUUGUGGCAGGUAUCCAGGCUGACAGGUUUAUAAGAACAUAUACCACUUUUGGAAAUAUUUGUUGUAAAAUCCAUCACUGGUGAAAUGUGCGGCUUUCACGCUUUCAUUUGUUAGUUCUAAAAACACUGUGAAAAUGAAACUUGAAGUGUGCAAAUGCGAGACUAGUAAAAUACUCAAUGUUAUUUUGUCUUUCUGCUGUGGAUCCCCCUCCUUGUUCUCUCUCUCUCUCCCUCUCUCCCCCCCCCCCCCCCCUCUCCCUCUCUCCCCCUCUCUCUCUCUCCCCCCCCCCCCCCCCCCUCUCUCUCCCUUUCUCCCCCCCUCACUCUCCCUCUCUCCCCCCCUCUCUCUCUCCCUCUCUCCCCCCUCUCUCUCCCCUCUCCCCCCUUCUCUCUCUCCCCCCUCCCUCUCUCCCCUCCUUACUCUCUCCCCCCUCUCCCCUCUCCCCUCCCCCUCUCUCUCUCCCCCUUCCCCUCCAGGAAGUAUCCCUGGCUCUGUUUGUGGACCACCAGGUGGUUUUCUCCUUCCUGAUGUGUUGUAACAUCAUGAAGACCAACAAGCACAACAUGAUAGUGGGCAGCACUGAGUUCCUGCCUGCUGAAGAGUGGAAGAUCUUCCUACACUCUGCUGUCCUGGCCAGCAUGAUGGACUCAAAGAGACCUGAGCAGGAGGAAGGUAGAAUAUACCUGCUGUGUCAGGCAUCUGUCAGUAACAUGAGGCCACAUAUUGAAUCAGAGAUUGUCUUUAAAAGGCUCCAAACUGUCUUUCAGCUGGAAAAUAAGUAGACCAUGAAUGAGUGAGCAUUUGAGUAAUUAAGACAUUGAUUUCAUUACCUAUCAAUCUCACUCUGAAAGAAUAACCCUAAGUAAUGAAUAACCCUAUUUCACUUUUACGUCACAGUGUAAACAAAGUGUUGUAUGAGGGGGGAAAUGGAUGCAAGUUAGCUAGAGAUGACCACCGUAAAAUGGCUGAGUGCAUCUGUGUGUGAUUGUGUCAAUAGGGGAGCUCCUGGGCGAGCGUCCGGACCACCUGUGGCUGACAGACAGCAUGUGGGCUCAGUGCCAAUACCUGAGUGCCCACCUACCCUGCUUCACCAACCUCUACAAGUCCAUCCAGACCAACUGUGUGCAGUGGGAACUGUUCCAGCAUGCUAGGAACCUCUAUGAGUUCCUCAGUGAACCCUACGCUGGAGACGCUGGUUCUGAUACUGAAGGUUGGUGUUGCUGCACUGGAAUGUUAAGCUUCCCUGUUGAACAUUGGGUUACUUGACUUAUUCCUUGAAGCGUAUCAUUUCUUUGACUUAUUUCACAGAACCUCUUCAUGGUAAUGACAAGCCAUACACAUUCCCCUCACCAACAGAAAUAGAAUCUCAUUCUAGCUCGUUCCCCCUCACCAAUAGAAUCUCAUUCUAGCUCGUUCCCCCUCACCAAUAGAAUCUCAUUCUAGCUUGUUUCCCCUCACCAAUAGAAUCUCAUUCUAGCUUGUUCCCCCUCACCAAUAGAAUCUCAUUCUAGCUCGUUCCCCCUCAUCAAUAGAAUCUCAUUCUAGCUCGUUCCCCCUCAUCAAUAGAAUCUCAUUCUAGCUCGUUCCCCCUCACCAAUAGAAUCUCAUUCUAGCUCGUUCCCCCUCACCAAUAGAAUCUCAUUCUAGCUCGUUCCCCCUCAUCAAUAGAAUCUCAUUCUAGCUCGUUCCCCCUCACCAAUAUAAUCUCAUUCUAGCUUGUUCCCCCUCACCAAUAUAAUCUCAUUCUAGCUCGUUCCCCCUCACCAAUAGAAUCUCAUUCUAGCUCGUUCCCCCUCACCAAUAGAAUCUCAUUCUAGCUCGUUCCCCCUCACCAAUAGAAUCUCAUUCUAGCUCGUUCCCCCUCACCAAUAGAAUCUCAUUCUAGCUCACCUCCUAUGUCAUGAAUGAAUGUGUGUGUGACAUCAUGAUGUGGUUUGUCUGUCUGUCCAGGAGAGUCAUCCCAGUCAGCAGAAGCCUCGAAGGACAGACAUCUCACCAAGUUUGUCUGCAUCUUCCCCUGGGAGAGCCUCUCAGGCUUCCAGAAGAUCAUCCUGGUGUGUGUGUGUGUGUGUGUGUGUGUGUGUGUGUGUGUGUGUGUGUGUGUGUGUGUGUGUGUGUGUGUGUGUGUGUGUGUGUGUGUGUGUGUGUGUGUGUGGGUGGUUGGGUUAGGUGGUUGGGUGUGCGGGCGGGCGGGUGGGUGCGUGCGCAUGCAUGUGGGUUACAGCUUUGUGAGAACUCAAAACAUUCUCCUUGAUAAAUAUGAUGAACUCUGUCAAAAGCAAAAAAGCUGUGAACUAUUGAGGCUGUCUUUAUCUCCCAGAUUAAGAUCCUGAGGCCUGAGUGUCUGAACACGGCAGUGAAAGCCUUUGUCAUAGAGAAGAUGGGUUCUAAGUACCUGGAGGUUGGAAAGAUCUCCCUGAGAGAGGUGUAUGAACGCUGCUCUGCCAACAUGCCCAUCCUAUUCCUCCUCUCCCCUGGUAAGACUACUGCUAGUCUUGUGUACUAAACAUCCUCCCUAAACUGGUGUGCAAUAACCUUGGGGGUUAGGCUGCUUUUUCCACCCUCUCUCCCACUAGUAGGAUUUGGUAUGGACACCGGGACACUCAAAGCUUAUUGUACACCUUUGAAAUUCCUGGAGAAUAUGGUGUAGUGUACAAGCAGCUUUAGGUAAUGUCUGAUGUCCUUGUUCUCCCCUGUCUGUCCAGGCAUGGACCCAGCCUCCCACCUGGUGCGUCUGGCCCAGGAGCUGAGGGGCAGCAGCCUGCAUCUGGACAUGGUGUCUCUGGGUCAGGGCCAGGGCCCCAGGGCAGAGGAGCUCAUCUACAAGGCCCAGGUCCUCAAGGGCCGCUGGGUCUUCCUGCAGAACUGCCACCUGGCUGCCUCCUUUAUGCCCAGAUUGCAGACUGUCGUCAACUCGUGAGCACAUAUUGUUGUGCUCUUUUGAGCUUUUAUUUAGCAUGUUUUUAUGUCUUAAUAUAAUCUUUAUGCUGAUGGGUAAUGUCGUGUGAGACAACUAUACGAUGUAGUACGUUUGUUUGACACCAUGUUGAAGCACAGAGGGUCCUGUGAGAUGCCUUUAGGUGCUGUCCUGUCAGGUGCCGCUACCCACAGGAUCCAGCUGGAGACGGAUGCCUCUCCACAGACCUGAGUGUGUUGAGUGUUUGUCAUCCCUACUGCUCAGGUUAAAGUGGAAAGGCUCAGACCUGGACCCUGACUUCCGUCUGUGGCUGUCCUCUGAACCAGACCCAGUGUUCCCUGCCUCCAUCCUGCAGAGAGCCAUUAAGGUCAGCCAGGCCUUCAUUACCACAGCUCCCCAUUAGAGGGCCAUGCACCUAUAGAAGUAUAAUUAGGGAUUUUAUUUCUAUGGUGUACCCAUGAGUGAACCAGUCAAAUUGCCAUCGUUUGAGGGGCUUUGUCUCUUCUAGAGAUUAUAUUUCAGAACACAACAAUGUCUGUUGUUGUUACAAAUCCAUUGCCAAUGAUUCCAUUCCUGUAGAUAGUGGUAGAGCCUCAGUUCCUAAUACAGUAAUUCCACUUCCUGUCCUGUAGAUAGUGGUAGAGCCUCAGUUACUAAUACAGUAAUUCCACUUCCUGUCCUGUAGAUAGUGGUAGAGCCUCAGUUACUAAUACAGUAAUUCCACUUCCUGUCCUGUAGAUAGUGGUAGAGCCUCAGUUACUAAUACAGUAAUUCCACUUCCUGUCCUGUAGAUAGCGGUAGAGCCUCAGUUACUAAUACAGUAAUUCUACUUCCUGUCCUGUAGAUAGCAGUGGAGCCUCAGUUCCUAAUACAAUAAUUCCACUUCCUGUCCUGUAGAUAGUGGUAGAGCCUCAGUUACUAAUACAGUAAUUCUACUUCCUGUCCUGUAGAUAGCAGUGGAGCCUCAGUUCCUAAUACAGUAAUUCCACUUCCUGUCCUGUAGAUAGCGGUAGAGCCUUGGAUACUAAUACAGUAAUUCCACUUCCUGUAGAUAGCGGUGGAGCCUUAGUUCCUAAUACAGUAAUUCCACUUCCUGUCCUGUAGAUAGCAGUAGAGCCUUGGAUACUAAUACAGUAAUUCCACUUCCUGUCCUGUAGAUAGCAGUGGAGCCUUGGAUACUAAUACAGUAAUUCCACUUCCUGUCCUGUAGAUAGCGGUGGAGCCUUAGUUCCUAAUACAGUAAUUCCACUUCCUGUCCUGUAGAUAGCAGUGGAGCCUUGGAUACUAAUACAGUAAUUCCACUUCCUGUCCUGUAGAUAGCAGUGGAGCCUCCUCGGGGUCUGAAGGAGAAGCUCCUCCACACCUUCAGUCCCAGUGGAGAGGUGACCGAGAGGAGCUUCUGUAAAAUGGACUGCAGCCCAGCCUGGAAGACUCUGCUCUUCAGCCUCUGCUUCUUCAACGCCAUUGUGCAGGAGAGGAAGAAAUACGGCCCUCUGGGGUGGAACAUACCCUACACCUUUACUUCUUCUGAUCUGGAGGUACAUUAUGACGUAACACAUCCUGUACUGUUUCCAACUCAACAGAGCUUCUCAGCUUACAAGACAAUGACAUAGAUCUUGGCUCUGUCUGUGUGUCUUAGGUGUCCAUGCUGAAUCAGGAGCGUCUCCUGCGGGCUGCGGAAGGUUCGGAGCUGCCCUGGGCGGCCCUGCGCUACCUGACAGGUGAGGUGAUCUACGGCGGGCGUGUCACCGACCCCUGGGACCGCCGCUGCCUGCUUACCAUUCUCCACUGCUGCUAUACCCCGUCGGUCCUGCAGGACGGACACAGCUUCUGUCAGGCUCAGGUAGGAGUCAGACACACCCCUCCACUUAACACUGGCAUCACAAUUUACAGUCACAGGAUCCAUCUCAACAUACUGGUAAAGCAAUGAAUAGGGUCAUUGUGAAAUCAUAUGUUUUAUUUUACCUACUUUGCCUCUGUCUGCUACAUGACAAAAAUGUAAUUAAAAAAACAAAGUAUUUGGAAGAAAGUGGAAUUUUGUUGUCGAAAUUUUAGAAAUGUAUAAAGAAAAUUAAUCUGGAAUGUCUUUAGUCAAUAAGUAUUCAACCCCUUUGUUAUGGCAAGGCUAAAUAAGUUCUGGAGUAAAAAUGUACUUAACACGUCACAUAAUAAGUUGCAUGGACUCAUUCCGUGUUCAAUAAUAGUGGUUAACGUGAUUUUUAAAUAAUUAAUCCAUCUCUGUACCCCACACAUACCUCAAUCGAGUAGUACAUUUCAUGCACAUUCAACCAUAAAGACCCUUUGAGCAUGGUGAAGUUACUAAUUAGGCUUUGGAUGGUGUAUCAAUACACCCAGUCACUACAAAGAUACAGGUGUCUUUCCUAACUCAGUUGCUGGAGAGGAAGGAAAUGUCGUGGUAGAAAUAUUUGACUAAUAGAUAAUCAACUCAAAAAUAUCUCUCAAGACACUGGAGAUUGUGAAUUCAAGAAUUAGACUUUAUUGCAUAACAAAGCCCAGCUUGCUCCAUGGAACAAAACUGUCUCCCUCUGGCUUAGAGAUCUCUUAUAUCCACACAAAUGAAAAAACAUGCGUACAUUCCUAACUUUUUUAAAAUUCUGUACCACCCCUCUCAUUCUAUCAUUCUAUUGGCUGCGUGCUUAGGCCCCUUCUUAAAAAAACUAAUGUAAUGCAUACCAUGUGUCUAUAACAAGCCCAUGGGCCACAGUUUAAGAGCCCCUGUGAAAGAACACAUGCAUUCAUUUAAAACACAGCAUAUACUCCACGUCUAUAUUCCUUAUUUAAGCAUGUAUCUGGAUUAUAAAAUAUCAAACAUGUUCAUUCUGUUUCACCAUUAUCAUUUCAUAACACAUUAUAAAACAUUUAUCAUUCAUCAUCCUCCCCAGCCCCUGAGAUUAUGUGCAUGUGGCCAUGUGUCAGGUCAUAAGGUCAUAAGCAUAAAGAAAUGACAACACUAGUUCCAUUGUUACUCCAAUCUCCACACAGCCAUCACGUCAUUGACAUUCCCAGACCAGCUGCAGGGAGUUUUAUGAAAAACACAUAAAUGUCUCUGCUCUGUAUUAACCUUUCAACUGGUUCUCAAUCCAUAAACAUUUUAAGGCAUAUAGGUUUUUAAUUUUACAACAUAUCCAUGCUUAUUACUAAUAUAAUUUUUUUACCUUUGACCUCUCCCUACAUUUGCCUUUAUGAUACAUAAAAUAAUACCAUAGAAACUGCUCAGAGAUUUCACCAUGAGGCCAAUGGUUAUUUUAACACAGUUACAGAGUUUAAUGGUUGUGAUAUGAGAAAACUGAGGAUGGAUCAACAACAUUGUAGUUACUCCACAAUACUAACCUAAAUGACAGAGUGAAAAGAAGGAAGCCUGUACAGAGUAAAACAUUCUAAAACAUGCAUACUGUUUGCAGCAAGGUACUUAAGUAAUACUGCAAAGAAUGUGGCAAAGAAAUUAACUUUUGUCCUGAAUACAAAGUGUUAUGUUUGGGGCAAACACAGCACAUCACUGAAUACCACUCUUCAUAUUUUCAAGCAUGGUGGUGGCUGUAUCAUAUUAUGGGUAUGCUUGUCAUCGGCAAGGACUAGGGAGUUUUUUAGGAUAAAAGGAAACGGAAUACAGCUAUAAGCACAGGCAAAAUCCUAGAGGAAAACCUGGUUCAGUCUGCUUUCCAACAGACACUGGGAGACAAAUUCACCUUUCAGCAGGACAAUAACCUAAAACACAAGGCCAAAUCUAUGCUGGUUGCUUACCAAGACGACAUUGAAUGUUCCUGAGUGGCCUAGUUACAGUUUUGACUUAAAUCGGCUUGAAAAUUUAUGGCAAGACUUGAAAAUAGCUGUCUAGCAAUGAUCAACAACCAACUUGACAGAGCUUGAAUAAUUGUUUAUAGAAUAAUGGGCAAAUGUUGCACAAUCCAGGUGUGGAAAGUUCUUAGAGACUUACCCCAAAAGACUCACAGCUGUAAUCGCCGCCAAAGGUGCUUCUACAAAAUAUUGACUCAGCGGUGUGAAUAGUUAUGUAAAUUAAAAAUGUCUGUAUUUCAUUUUCAAUAAAUUGCUAACAUUUCUAAAAACUUGUUUUCACUUUGUCAUUAUGGGGUAUUGUGUGUAGAUGGGUAAGAAACAAAUAUAUUUAAUCAAUCUGGAAUUCAGGCUGUAACACAACAAAAUGUGGAAUAAGUCAAGGGGUAUGAAUACUUUGUGAAAGCAUUACAUGAUGAAAUACAACAGACAAUACUUAAGCGUAAUCCUCAAGCAAAACAUGUAUGUUUCUGUUAUUAUUGAUGUCUUCAUUGAGAGCAUUAUAUUGUAUUUCUCUUGGCAGGGCUACCCUCCCUUCCCUAAAGACGCCAGCUGGCCCCAGUGUAGAGCCUACAUAGAGAACAUGCCAGACAAGGACCUGGCGGAGGUGUUUGGCAUCGACAGCAGUGCAGAGAUGGUGAUACUGCAGAACCAGACCCAGCAGCUGCUACAAACAAUAGUCCAGCUGCAGCCCAGGCUCUCUGAUAGCAGCCUGCUGGUCAGGUGGGUCUCCCAGGGGAAAUACAACCCACAAAUAGAUGUAUUCAUUAUGUCCUUUUCACAAUACUGAGCCGAGCCAAGCGGAGCUGUACAGAGCUGGCAUGGUUAAGCAUCCGCCACAGUGUGCUGGAAAGGACAAGGUGAAAAUAAACUAUCCAAGGCAGCACAAUAUGGUUCAUUUCGGCACGUGAAUUAGAAAAACGGUGUUGGUUGUGUUAUGUAGUGUAAGAAAUCUUAAUGAAAUGCUGAAUUGUUCUUCUUCUGUUUGUUUGUGCGGAGCAGAGACAGACAGUGCCAGGAUGGUGUAGUUCUGAAGAUGGCCAUGAACAUCUUGAAGAAACUACCAGAGACAGUGGAGGUUGAUAGUGUCACAGAGAAAACACUGUUCCUCAGAGACAUCAUCGCCAAAGUCAACUUUGUUGAAUCAUCUUCCUGUGACCAGGGUAAUUUACAUACUCAACCCUUGUUAGGAUUGGCCUAUAUGGAUAGGGCUUACAGAAUAAACAUGAAAAGCAUAUGCAAAUGCAUGGUAGCAAUUGAAAGGGAAUAGUUUGGAGAUUAUGGGGAAAUGAUUAGACCAAAGUUGAGGACACAACAGUUCACCUGACACAAGACUGAAUCCAAACAUUACACUGUUGAUUUUAUGUGCAUUUUACAUUUACUGUACUUUUCACCGCAUUUGUUGAUUACAAAAUCUGAAAAAACUCUGGAUAUAUUCAAUAACAAUAUUCCUAGAAAAUAUGGGGUAGGAGCACCAUAAGACAAAAGAAAUGACAAGAGUUUGAGUGAGAGGACUAACUGGUCUCCAAGUGGCCAAUUACCUCUCAAAGUGUGCACAGUUCCUAAGUCAUUUCAAUGCACUUUUAUGACUCAAAGAAGAGUCUUCAAGCCAUUGAGGAACUAGAGCAAGCGCACUUGUAGUUGUUUUGUUUGGAACACAACCCUGCAUCCCUGAGUUUUAUGAUUUGGAAACGUGAAGUGCACAUUUGGACUCGCAGGUGUUUGGCUUGCUUGCAUGAUAUAAAAGCGGUAUUUUCGAUAAUCCUCAACGUCUCAUCUUUCAAAAUACAUAGUCAUUUUAAUUUACAGCAUUUCCCUCACUCAGGCAACAAAACAUUAGCAAAAGUUGUCCAAUUAGCGGGACGGAUGGGGGCAACUUCUUGUAACGUGUGGUGCUCAAGUUCAGAACGGCUGUCAGUCAAAACCCAUACAGAGCUGUGAAGCUCAGAGCCUGAGCUCUGACGUCAUUUAUAGCAUGUUACUGUACAGCCACUGCAUUCCAAUUUAGGCACUUAUCAGCUCCAGAAUCUGCCAUUUUCAACCCGUAUGCGGGUACAAGUGUAAAGGGCUACGAAUAGAUUAGAAUAUAAUAGAUUUAUUGUCCUCCGAAAAGGAAAUUAUUUUUCACAGGUUGUACCUUUUCUUAUUUUGACUCCUAAGAGUGAGAGUUAGUGAGAGAGUUGGUGAGAGUGACAUUGCGAGAUUCUAUAUAUCUAUCUUUGUGUCCAGUUUUGUUCAUAGUUCUUACCGAAAGACAUCUGUCUGUCUGUAUGCGUGCGUGCGGGUGCAUCCGUGCAUGUGUGUGUACUCUGAAGGUGAGAGACGCACAGUCUUGGCCCCCUCUGCCCUGCUGGUGAUCCUGCGACAGGAGAUUGACCGGUUCAACCACCUCCUAUGUGUGGUGCGCUCCAGCCUCCUCGCCUUCUCCGCCUCCAUCAGAGGAGAGGUGCUGAUGAGUGAGGCUCUGGAGGAGGUCUACACUGCCCUGCUCACCAUGAUAGUACCAUCAGAAUGGAAGGUUGGUCUACACUGCCCUGCUCACCAUGAUAGUACCAUCAGAAUGGAAGGUUGGUCUACACUGCCCUGCUCACCAUGAUAGUACCAUCAGAAUGGAAGGUAGGUCUACACUGCCCUGCUCACCAUGAUAGUACCAUCAGACUGGAAGGUAGGUCUAUACUGCCCUGCUCACCAUGAUAGUACCAUCAGACUGGAAGGUAGGUCUAUACUGCCCUACUCACCAUGAUAGUAUCAUGAGUCUAGAUGGUAGGUCUACACUGACCUGCUCCCCAUCAUCAGACUGGAAGGGACAGUAUAUUAGUAAACCAGGUCGGCAAACCUUUUGGCUCAAGGGCCACAUCAGGAUAGCAAAAUUAAAUGGAAAGCUGCACAGAUUAUUAUUAUUUUUUUAACCCAAAAUAUUACUUUUUUAUUCAAACCUCCCGCGGGCCGGAUUGGAUGCGCUCUAGUUUGCUCAACCCUGAAGUAAACACUCUCCACAGCUCAGCUCUCAUUGCACUCAAUCUAACUCGAUCUUUUAACCCAAUUCCAUGCUUCACGUUAGUUUAGACAUUUUGAAAUGUUCCUCCAAGCCCAAGGUAUCAUUAUACUCUAAGUAAACAAAGCAAUGAAAAGCAAUUGAUUCAACUUGGAUAAGAAGUAAUCGCUCUGUCUUUUGUUGUUGCCUUGGUAGCACUGCUCGUAUGAGUCGUGCAAGGCUCUGGGUUCGUGGAUCCUGGACCUGGAACAGAGAGUGUGGUUCUUCAGAGCCUGGGCAGACAACAUCAAGAUCAACCUUAUAGAAAAGUAGAAAACAUUAACUAAGUUGACAUACAAAUACUUAAAGCUUGUAUUGUUUAAACUCUAAUCAAUGUAAACCUUCAUAAUUAUGUAAUGGGCAUCUUAAUUUUCUUUUGAAUACAGUAUUGUACAUUCAUGGUGAAUGGAAAAAAUAUCAGUUAUUAAAGUACUUAUGUUCCUAACCCCUAAUAUUCCCUGUAUAUGCCCUCUAUGUAUUCAGGAUACCUAUGAUUAGUGGAGGAGUCUACUCUUUGAACCGUCCACCUAAGACUGACCUGCAGCAGAGCCUCAAGAACAGGAAGCCUCGCUCCUACUGGCUCUCUGGGUUCUUCUUUCCACAAGGUAUUGUACAUAACAGACAGAAUAAACAUACCUAAACUAGCAGCCAUAAUAGAGACACUACUUCAAGUUCAAAACUUCAAUGUCAAUCUUUAGUGAAAGGGACAUUUGUCUUUGGCUUACAAUUGGUAUUUUAUUAGGAUCCCCAUUAGCUGUUGCAAAAGCAGCAGCUACUCUUCCUGGGGUCCACACAAAACAUGAAACAUGACAUAAUACAGAACAUUAAUAGACUAGAACAGAACUACACACAUUGUUUUUUAAAGGUACACGUAGCCAACAUAUCAAUACAUACACACAAACUAUCUAGGUCAAAUAGGGGAGAGGCGUUGUGAGGUGUUGCUUUAUCUGUUUUUUGAAACCAGAUUUGCUGUUUAUUUGAGCAAUAUGAGAUGGAACGGAGUUCCAUGCAAUAAUGGCUCUAUAUAAUACUGUACGCUUUCUUGAAUUUGUUCUGGAUUUGGGGACUGUGAAAAGUCCCCUGGUGGCAUGUCUGGUGGGGUAAGUGUGUGUGUCAGAGAUGUGUGUAUGUUGACUAUGCAAAACAUUUGGGAUUUUCAACACAUUGUUUCUUAUAAAAAGAAGAAGUGAUGCAGUCAGUCUCUCCUCAACUCUUAGCCAAGAGUGACUGGCAUGCAUAGUAUUUAUAUCAGCCCUCUGAUUACAAUGAAGAGUACAUGUACGUGCCGCUCUGUUUUGGGCCAGCUGCAGCUUAACUAGGUCUUUCCUUGCAGCACUGGACCACACGACUGGACAAUAAUCAAGAUUAGACCAAACUAGAGCCUGCAGAAUUAGCUUUUUGAAGUGUGGUGUCAAAAAAGCAGAGCAUCUCUUUAUUACGGACAGACCUCUCCCCAUCUUUACAACCAUUUAAUCUAUAUGGUUUUGACCAUGACAGUUUACCAUCUAAGUUAACACCAAGUAAUUUACUCUCCUCAACUUGUUCAACAGCCACACCAUUCAUUACCAGAUUCAGCUGAGGUCUAGAACUUAGGGAAUGAUUUGGACCAAUUACAAUGCUCUUAGUUUUAGAGAUGUUCAGGACCAGUUUAUUAGUGGCCACCCAUUCCAAAACAGACUGCAACUCUUUAAGGGUUUCAGUGACUUCAUUAGCUGUGGUUGCUGAUGUGUAUAUGGUUGAAUCAUCAGCAUACAUGGACACACAUGCUUUGUUUAAUGCCAGUGGCAGGUCAUUGGUAAAAAUAGAAAAGAGUAGAGGGCCUAGAGAGCUGCCCUGUGGUACACCACACUUUACAUGUUUGACAGAGAAGCUUCCAUUAAAGAAAACCCUUUGAGUUCUAUUAGAUAGAUAGCUCUGAAUCCACGAUAUGGCAGAGGUUGAAAAGCCAUAACACAUACGUUUUUUCAACAACAGGUUAUGGUCAAUAAUAUCAAAGGCUGCACUGAACUCUAACAGUACAGCUCCCACAAUCUUCUUAUUAUACAUUUAUUUCAACCAAUCAUCAGUCAUUUGUGUCAGUGCAGUACAUGUUGAGUGUCCUUCGCUAUAAGCAUGCUGAAAGUCUGUUGUUAAUUUGUUUACAGAGAAAUAGCAUUGUAUUUGGUCAAACACCAUUAUUUCCAACAGUUUGCUAAGAGCUGGCAGCAAGUUUAUAGGUCUGCUGUUAGAACCAGUAAAGGCCACUUUACCAUUCUUGGGUAGCGGAAUUACUUUGGCUUCCCUCCAGGCCUGAGGACAAAUACUUUCCUCUAGGCUCAGAUUAAAGAUAUGACAGAUAGGAGUGGCUAUAGAGUCAGCUACCAUCCUCAGUAGCUCUAAAUGGUCAAUGCCAGGAGGUUUAUCAUUAUUGAUCGAUAACAAUCAUUUUUCCACCUCUCCCACACUAACUUUACCAAAUUGAAACUUGCAAUGCUUUUCUUUCAUUAUUUGUUUUUUUAAGCAUGAAUAUGAUGGCUCACUGUUCAUUGUUGGCAUUUCCUGCCUACGUUUCCACACAAAGUAAUCAUUAAAAUAAUUGGCAACAUCAAGUGGUUUUGUGAUGAAUAAGCCAUCUGAUUCGAUGAAAGAUGGAGUUGAAUUUGUCUUUCUGCCCAUAAUUUCAUUUAAAGUGCUCCAAGAUUUUUUCCCAUCAUUCUUUAUAUCAUUGAUCUUGGCUUCAUAAUACAGUUUCUUCUUUUUGUUGAGUUUAGUCAUAUAAUUUCUCAAUUUGCAUUAAGUCAACCAGUCAGAUGUGCAGCCAGACUUAUUAGCCACUCUUUUUGCCCCAUCUCUUUCAACCAUACAGUUUUUCAAUUCCUCAUCGAUCCAUGGAGCCUUAACAGUUCUAACAGUCAGUUUCCUAACAGGUGAAUGUUUAUCAAUAAUUGGAAGAAGCAAUUUCAUAAAUUCAUCGAGUGCAGCGUCUGGAUGCUCCUUAUUAAUCACAUCAGACCAACAAAUAUUUUUUACAUCAUCCACAUAUGAGCCACAGAAAAAUAUUUUGUAUCUUAUACACUAUUUUAGGCCCAGCUGUUGGAACUUUGGCUUUCCUGGAUAUAGCCAUUAUAUUGUGAUCACUGCAUCCAAUGGGUACGGAUACAGCUUUAGAUCAAAGUUCUACAGUGUUAAUAAAAAUGUGAUCGAUACAUGUGGAUGAUCUUGUUCCUGUAGUGUUUGUAAACACCCUGGUAGGUUGAUGAAUAACCUGAACCAGAUUACAGACACUGGUUACAGUAAGAAGCUUCCUCUUGAGCGGACAGCUUGAUGAAAACCAGUCAAUAUUCAGGUCCCCAAGAAAGUAGACCUCUCUGCUUACAUCACAUACACUAUCAAGCAUUUCACACAUAUUGUUUAGAUAUUGACUGUUUGCACUUGGUGGCCUAUAGCGACACCCCAAAAGAAAGGACUUUAGAUGUGGCAAGUGAACCUUCAACCACAACAUGUCAAUAACACGUGACAUACGAUCUUCUCUAAGCAUUACAGGGAUAUGGCUCUGAAUAUACAGCAACACCUCCCCCAUAAGCAUUUCUGUCUCUUCUAUAGAUGUUAUAUUCUUGUAUUGCUACUGCUGUAUCAUCACAUGAAUUAUCUAAGUGAGUCUCAGAAAUGACUAAUAUAUUAAUGUUAUCUGAUGUUAGCAAGUUAUUGAUUUCAUUAACCUUAUUUCUAAAGACUACAUAUAUUAAUAUGGGAUAUUUUCAGCCCUUUCCUGGGUAGCUUAUCAGAGAUAGACAUAAUACUGAAAAGAGCAAACAAAGCAAGAGAAAAAAUAUAUACAGUUUAAGUUGGAAGUUUAAAUGUAUUUGGCUAAGGUGUAUGUAAACUCAGUUUUUCACAAUUCCUGACAUUUAAUCCUAGUAAAAAUUCCCUGUCUUAGGUCAGUUAGGAUCACCACUUUAUUUUAAGAAUGUGAAAUGUCAGAAUAAUAGUAGAGAAUGAUUUAUUUCAGCUUUUAUUUCUUUCAUCACAUUCCCAGUGGGUCAGAAGUUUACAUACACUCAAUUAGUAUUUGGUAGCAUUGCCUUUAAAUUGUUUAACUUGGGUCAAACGUUUCGGGUAGCCUUCCACAAGCUUCCCACAAUAAGUUGGGUGAAUGUUGGCCCAUUCCUCCUGACAGAGCUGGUGUAACUGAGUCAGGUUUGUAGGCCUCCUUGCUCGCACACGCUUUUUCAGUUCUGCCCUCAAAUGUUCUAUAUGAUUGAGGUCAGGGCUUUGUGAUGGCCACUCCAAUACCUUGACUUUGUUGUCCUUAAGCCAUUUUUCCACAACUUUGAAAGUCUGCUUGGGGUCAUUGUCCAUUUGGAAGACCCAUUUGGUUGGGAUGGUGUUCUUCGGCUUGCAAGCAACCCCCUUUUUCCUCCAAACAUAACGAUGAUCAUUAUGGCCAAACAGUUAUAUUUUUGUUUCAUCAGACCAGAGGACAUUUCUCAAAAAAAGUACGAUCUUUGUCCCCAUGUGCAGUUGCAAACCGUAGUCUGGCUUUUUUAUGGCGGUUUUGGAGCAGUGGCUUCUUCCUUGCUGAGCAGCCUUUCAGGUUAUGUCGAUAUAGGACUCGUUUUUACUGUGGAUAUAGAUACUUUUGUACCUGUUUCCUCCAGCAUCUUCACAAGGGUCCUUUGCUGUUGUUCUGGGAUUGAUUUGCACUUUUCGCACCAAAGUACUUUCAUCUCUAGGAGACAGAACGCGUCUCCUUCCUGAGUGGUAUGAUGGCUGCGUGGUCCCAUGGUGUUUAUACUUGCGUACUAUUGUUUGUACAGAUGAACGUGGUACCUUCAGCCGUUUGGAAAUUGCUCCCAAGGAUGAACCAGACUUGUGGAGGUCUACAACUUCUGAGGUCUUGGCUGAUUUCUUUUGAUUUUCCCAUGAUGUCAAGCAAAGAGGCACUGAGUUUGAAGGUAGGCCUUGAAAUACAUCCACAGGUACACCUCCAAUUGACUCAAAUGAUGUCAAUUAGCCUAUCAGAAGCUUCUAAAGCCAUGACAUCAUUUUCUGGAAUUUUCCAAGCUGUUUAAAGGCACAGUCAACUUAGUGUAUGUAAACUUCUGACCCACUGGAAUUGUGAUACAGUGAAUUAUAAGUGAAAUAAUCUGUCUAUAAACAAUUGUUGGAAAAAUGACUUGUGUCAUGCACAAAGUCCUAACCGACUUGCCAAAACUAUAGUUUGUUAACAAGAAAUGUGUGGAGUGGUUGAAAAACAAGUUUUAAUGACUCCAACCUAAGUGUAUGUAAACUUCCAAAUUCAACUGUACAUUCAGCAGUCCAUUAAUCAAUUGGUGUGUGUGUGUGUGCUGCGGGGUUGAAGCUACGAAUCCAUGGGCUUGGCUCUCUCAUCCCUUCCAGGCUUCUGGGAAGGAGGGUGGACAAUGAGCCUGUCAUAGGGGAUGUAAGCAAUGUCCCCACGCGCUCUGGCAGCUUUCAUGGCUGGGAUAAGUUCUUUCCUCUUCUGGCACACAGCUUCAGGAUAGUCCUCGUUGAGAAAGAUAUACGUUCCUCUCAAGUUCAUGGCUCUUUCCAGAACAGCUAUCCUGCCAUUGAACCUCAGGAACUUGACCACUAUCGGCCUGGGCCUGUCACCUGGGCCGGUGUUGAGUUUUCCAGUCCUGCGGGCCCGCUCCACCUCAAUCUUCCUGUGGUCCAUCUUCAAUUUCUCAGAGAUCCUUUCCCUCACUUUGUCCUCAGACUCCAUCCAGGUCUCAUGUGGAGAUUCUGCAAUUCCGUCCACAACCAUGCUGUUUACGCCUUGAUUGUCCCUCGAGACAAUCUGAUUUAUCCGUCAUUGUUAUCAUGGAUUCACACACAGAACUGACCUCUCUCAAUGGCUUACAGAUUGCUGUAAUCUUGCCGUUCACCUGUUUCAACUCAUCGAGCUGACCCUGGGAGAACUGCAAACUGUUCUUUAGGUCCUGGACCUCUCUGGUCAGGUCGUCCAUUGUUUUAUUUGUCGAAUCCACCAGUAUUUGGACAAAGCACUUGAAGCGAUUUUCUUGUUGUUGUAACAACUGCUUGUAGAACUAUUUUUGUUCAUUUAAAAGAUGCUUCACGUGUGAUAGAGACACCACUGUCCUCGACAACGGCACUCCCACCGGCUUUGGUCUUUAUCAUGGUAGCUAGCAACGUAGGUUACGCUGUUACUCCUCGCAGUUCCAGAUAGGGCAGGUCACAAGGAUAAUUGAAAACAACAAACAGCAGGGAUCUAGACAGCCACAAACACAGGACAAUCCGCGGUCCCAGCCACAAUGGUUAACCAUGUCGCGGGCUGCAUUCAAGCCCUUGAUAUGCUGCUAGCUAGCAGCUAGACUAGCUGCAACGCCAAAUAGCUCCUCAGACCCGUCCUUGGUCGGCAGGAUCACUGGACAGAGACUAGCAAUCCCAGCAACUGAUGCCAACUGUGUCGCGGGAUCCAAACCAAAAAGUUAGCUAGCUACUAAGCUAGUUAGCUAGCUACUAAGAACUAGAUACAGAAAAUAAACCGCAUAGUGGGCCAAUUUCUGCAACAACUAAGAGCGUUCUUCUCCACUGUUUUGAUGCCCUGGCUACCACACUUUGAAUUAUAUCGGCCCUUACAUAUUUGAGUUCGAAAUUCUAAUAAUAUAACUUAAUUUCUGUAAUAUUCUGAAAGAGGCGUUUUGACUUAUUUAGUUAAUGCAUCUUCCCUAUAGGUUUUCUGACAGCUGUUCUCCAGAACAGUGCUCGACAGAAGAAUGUGCCUGUGGACUCUCUGUCUUUCACCUAUCAUGUUCAACCCAUGGAUGAGCGCUCCAUCAACUGGAGCAAAGUGGCAGACAAAACUAAGCUCCUUUUUGAGGUAACUACAGUAGCUAAAAGUUUGACUGGGUACAUAAUUUAGUAAUACCAAUCUAGAAAUAGUUGGUAGCAAUUAAAGGGAUAGCGCACCCAAAAGACAACAUUAAUCAGAUGGUCUACUACCAUUUUCAGGGUCAGGAAACAUCUGACAUUGUAAUCAGGGUGAACUAUCCCUCUAACAUUGUACGUUAGAUCCACGGUGAGAAUUGGUAUACCAUCUUUCUCCCAGGGCCCAGCUCCACCAGAUGAGGGCGUGUUGGUGUAUGGGCUGUACCUUGACGGAGCCAGCUGGGACCCUGUCUCCCACACCCUGCAGGAGCUCCAACACAACAUCAAACACUGCCCUGUGCCUGAGAUACACUUCCUACCCUGCCAGGUAGAGGGCUCACCUUCUCAUUUAACCGUUCAAUCCACUGAAUAUCACUUCAGCAUAUUACCCACCGUUCUUCAUACAGUGGAUCUAGCAUUGUCUGCAUAUUUGUCUUGGGACUGUCUUGCUGUUUUUGUUGUGAGAGCUCUGGUGAGAACGAUUUCCUAUAUGUUCAUGACAUAAACUUGAGUUUUAUUCUCGGGAUAUCAGAGGGUGAUUUUUAUUUAUUUAAAGUAGCUUAUUUGACCAUCCCUAUGUUGUGUUUGGUUGGCCAGGUAUCUGAUGAUGCUGUGGCUGUGCCUUCUACAGAGUCUCCUGGGGACCUCCAGUUCUAUGACUGUCCCCUGUACCGUACCUUCAAGCGGGCAGGCUUCCUCUCCUCCUCAGGCAUCUCUACUAACUUCAUCACAGCUGUGUCUCUACCCACCUCAGUGUCCUACUCACUGGGUCUUCAGGGGCACUGCCCUCCUCUGCCAACCUAA